AUGCUCAGCUCUUCGCUGUUAAGAGCUAUCCUGUUCUUGCUAGUUGCUAGCCAUGUGCCUGCCAAGAAAAAUAACACAUCUACCUUAAAUCAAGAAAGGAAAAAUGUAACGAAUGAAAAACGUCAAAAUAUAGACAAACCGCCCUGUCCGCCAAGUGAGAUGCCGGAGAUAUCCAACGCCCCUCAGCUGGAUGCAGGGCUAUCAUUCAACAUGGUACCAGGUGGUAUUCAGGAGCCAACAGCCCCACCUCAACCAGCGUCAGUGUUAUCUGUUCCAUUUCAGGAUCAACUAGCAAAGCCAACACAGCCGCAAAUUCCACUGCAUGCUAAACACUCUAAGAAAGAUAAGGAAAAGCUGGAAUUACAACCCAACAGAGAUCAAGUGUAUCACAUCAGAGGAAGAAGUUUUAAAAGUCUCGGUUGCUGGAAGGAUACCUGGGACAGGGCUAUUCCCUUAAUGGAAAAGAAACAUGCCAUGCUGUUUGAACCUGAUUACAAAAAGAGAACCAACGCGCUCAUGAAAUGUGCCGAGGCUGCACUGGACAACAGCUUUAUCAUUUUCUCUCUUCAAAAUGGAGGGCAGUGUUUCUCAGGCAAAGAUGCUGAUAAGACGUUUAUGAAAUAUGGUGUCAGUGAUUCCUGCAAAGCUGAUGGAGAAGGAGGGCCUUGGGGUAAUGAAGUUUACCAGUAUUUGAAUACCAACACUUCCAUUCCUAAGAAGAGCGACGAAACAGAGGGCGGUAUUUCUAAGGAAAGCAUCGCUCAAGCAAAUCCUACUCCCACAGCACCUCCGACAGCUGCAGUUACACAAGCGGUGCAUCUAACGACUUCACCCACUGCGCACAAAGCUGAAGUGAACGAUUCCUCAGAGAUCAACCCCUGGGCGGAGCGGUCGAAAGAAUCCAUCGACAGCGCGAGAAAACCAGACUUGAAGCCUUUUAAAGAUGAAGUAGAAGAAGACGCCGUUGUGGCAGAGAACGAAGCAGACAAGCAAGCUUUGCUGAAAGAAAUUCCAGCAGCGAACAAAACAGAAGCAGCUGUCGACGAAGAGAGUAACGAUGCCAUAGAUGAGGACAUUCCCUCUCAAACAGAAGUUUUCAACGUGAGCCCGCCGAGACCGAAACUUGUUACGCCGUUCAGAGGAAGAUGCCCAGUUUGCCGUGAUUUAUCAUUACAUUUUCUCUGCCAAUAUGCAUCAAACAAUUUUAUUGCUCUUUUUUCUGUUCCAACAGCAUGCAGAACUGCCAUAGAUCUUGCAUUUUUGAUCGACGGCUCAGCAAGCGUGGAACGUUAUGGCAUCGGAAACUUCCGACGGUUGAUCGACUUCGUCCGUAAUGUUAUCCUCGGUUUUUCAGUCUCCCGAACAAACACGCGCGUGGGAGCCAUCGUGUUUGGUACCAAGCCGUAUAAGCUUUUCGGCUUUAACAGCUACACAAACAACGGCGCUAUCUUCAACAGGCUUAACAAGGGGGUCCAUUACCCCAAAUCAGGGAGUCGUAUUGGUAGGGCUUUAUUGAUGGCGCAAAACCAGAUGUUCCGUAAGAACACCAGACGUUCAAGGACCACUAAGGUAGUAGUGGUCAUAACCGAUGGAAGUUCAAUGGAUGACGUUGCAGGACCUUCAAACGCUUUAAAGGCCCGUGGUGUAAGGAUUUAUUGUCUAGGGGUGGGACGGUACAUUAAUGGUCGUCAGUUAGACAUUAUGGCUUCUCCUCCACGGAGGAAUCACAUCUUUACUGCGGACUGGACUCAUUUGGGAAUCGUAGUUAACGAACUCAGGAACGCAAUUUGCUUAGGCACUGGUGGAAAUCUUUUACCAGCGAAGCAUCGUGUCUGCCUCUGUCCCAUCACCAGACCCCCAAUAAAACCGACCACAAAGCCAACUAAAAGAACACGGUUCCCCCGUAUCGUUGCGUUUUACCCACUCAGUAGAAAAACAAGAGGUAAAGACAUCAGCUCUAGCCAGAACCCCGAGGGAAAGUUACACAACGUACGUCCCGCACCUGGCCCUGAUGGGCUGCCUGAUGGUUCCUACUAUUUCUACGGAAGAAAAACCAGUUAUAUAGAUUUCCCCAACAAGGGAAAACUCGAUUCUAGAUACUCCCUGACUCUCCUCGCCUGGGUAUACCCUGAAGGUUCUGGACCAAUAUUUCAUUUUUCUCCGGGAGGAGUUCGCUUCUGGGUCGUGAGACCGAAUACUCUGUUCGUGCGAUUUGUCCGCCGCACAGGGAGACCAACCCGGCAGUUGAUCAGUCGCACAUUGAGACCUGGAAGGUGGAAUUACGUUGGAGCGUCGUAUGACGAAAGGACAGGAAUUGCAACGCUAUGGCGAGACUCUCAACCUGUUAAGUCUCUGUUCAUUGGUCGCAUUCGUCUAGCUACCAAUCGACCCGUAAGGAUGGGUGCAUUGCCGCGUGACUUGCGGUACUUCCGUGGAAGGAUCUCUUGUAUGCAAGUGUACAGUGUACCCUUGUCUGGUCCUGAAAUAAAAAGAGCUGAAAGGGUUUGCUUCCGAGCACGUCCAACACAGAGGCCCAAGCCACCUCAAAGACUCCCGGAUGCUGUUGCCUUCUACCCCUUGACGGUGAGUUACAGAGGUUAUGACGUUGGUCCCAAGAGGAAUCCGCCGGGAAAAUUAUUCAACGUUAAACCAGCGCCCGGCCCCGAUGGACGACGUGGUGGCUCGUACAGUUUUUCAGGAAAGCCUAACAGUUUUAUUGAGUUCCCCAACACGGGACCACUUGACACCCAGAACUCCAUCACUCUCUUAGCAUGGAUCAACCCCCAUGGGGGUGCGGGACCUAUCUUCAACUACGAUCCCAGGGGGUUUGGCGUCCAUUUUUGGGUUACACGUGCAGGAAGACUAUUUGCACGUUUCGUGCGGCGCACGCGAGCUAUGACACCGCCGCUGAUCAGUCGAAUCCUUAGGCGCAGAUCUUGGAGUUUUGUUGGUUGCACGUACGAUCAGACCACAGGUGUUGCAGCAUUGUAUGUCAACGACAAAAGAGUCGCUACUAAGGCUAUUGGUCGAAUACGUUUAUCGACAAACUAUCCUGCUAGGAUGGGUGCAAAAAUACGAGAUAAUCGCAAUUUUCGUGGUUGGAUAACGUGUAUGCAGGUUUAUGAUGUAGCUCUCUCAUUACGACUCAUCAGGAUCGCCAAGAAACUUUGCUUUAAAGCUUUCCCCACUCCUGCACCACCAACACCGGCACCACCCCUUCGGGGAAGAACUUGCAGAUCUCGUAUUGAUCUUGGUAUCCUACUUGACGGCAGUGGCAGUCGGUAUAGAUUCAGCCAAGUCCUUUACCUCGCACAAUUGAUCAUCAGAUAUUUUGACAUUUCUAGGAUCUAUACUCGUGUCGGUAUUAUUGCGUAUUCAAACACUCCAAUUCCGGUAUCUAAUUUCCGUACCUUCUCGCGCAAAUACGAUUUGUUAAAGGCAGUGAAAAAGAUCGGCUUUCCUCGCGGACGAUCGUAUACAGGACGCGCGUUGCGCUUUGCUAAGAGAUAUUUGUAUACUGGGUCACGGUCGUCUUCUCGAGCCAGAGUCCUUGUAGUUGUCACUGGUAGUAGAUCCUCCGAUGGUGUCGCGCGGCCUGCCGAGAUGCUCAGGCAAGCUGGGGUCGAGAUAUUCGCGGUUGGAAUGGGUGGCAGGACCAGCAUGACCUCUUUGUCUACCAUAGCGAAUGACCGUCACCACGUGUUCACUGGUGUGAGAUUGAGAAUUACAACCAACCUGCCAAAACUUGUGGCAAAGAUAUGUGCAGCUACUCCAAAACCGACACCAACAAGGAAGCCUGGCCCAUAUGGGACAAAAAAACCAUCACCAAAGAUUGAGCCACCCCCGGCUAUGGGCGUAUACCCAUUAAAUGGCAUAGAACGUGGAAAAGACAAAGGCCCCUUUAAAAAUCCGCCUGCAAGACUUGUCAAUGUCGUUUCUAAGAACGGACCUGACGGGCUUCCAGCUGGUUCUUACCAACUGCAAGGAUUUGCCAACAGCUUUAUUUACUUCCCAAAUACCGGACGGUUGGAUACACAUAACUCAAUCACCAUCCUUCUGUGGCUCUACCCAGAAAGUGCUGGACCGAUAUUCCAUUACUAUCCCAGGGGUAUCGGUGUCAAUCUCCGUAUGAUUAGCCGUAGGGUAAUCCGUGCGGAGUUUGUGACUCGCAACCGGAGAAAAUCGUUCAAGAUCUCUAGGAGAAUACGUUCCCGAGUGUGGAACUACAUUGCUGCUACUUACGAUCAGAAAACUGGCUUGGCAACCUUGUGGUUGGAUGCUAUUCCAAUCACUCAACGAAAUAUCGGGAGGAUUCGACUGGCCACAAAUUACCCAGCUAUUUCAGGACGAAGGCCCGGUGACCCUAGACAUUUCAGAGGUCGCAUCUCGUGUCUUCAUAUUUACAAUCUUGCACUUAACUCUUAUCAGAUAAGGAGGCUCAAGAGAUUUUGCUUCCGCGCAAGACCUGUGACACCGAAACCAACGCCAGGUACGUUAAAAAAAUGUCUCCCACGCAUUGUUGCCAUCUACCCCCUCGACGAACAAUACCAAGGGCGUGACGUCAGCGGAAACCGAAACCCCACUGGUACCCUUGUUGGUGUGAGAACAGGACCAGGUCCUGACGGGUGGCCGAACACAGCUACCGAAUUCUUUGGGAAUCGAAACAGCUACGUGGAGUUCCCGAAUACUGGAAAGCUAGACGCAAAGAAUUCCAUAACAGUGUUGGCCUGGGUCUUGCACUUGGGUUAUGCUGGUCCGAUCUUUAACUUUAAUCGUGGUCCGGGUUGGGGCGUGCAUCUAUGGAUGACAAAACCACGACAGUUCUUUGCCCGGUUUGUCAGACGGGGUGGUCGCUUCACCACACCGCUCGUAACCCAUGGCAACAACGUGCGAUACAAAGCGUGGAAUUUCGUUGGUGCAUCUUUCGAUGGAAACACAGGAAUGGCCACACUGUGGGUGAAUAAUCGACCAGUUGUUCGGUCUAACAUCGGGAAAAUUCGUCUGGCGACAAACCGACCCGUGCGUAUGGGUGCAAAAAUUGGCGAUCGUCGGUACUUCCGUGGCAGGGUAUCUUGUGUUCAGGUUUACAGCGUGGCGCUUACGCGAAAGCAAGUCAUAAAUGCUGCAAGGAGAUGUUUCAAACGACAACCGCCACCAACACCUCCCCCACCAGUCUGUAGAACAGUUGUAGACCUUGGUUUCUUAAUUGAUGGCUCUGGAAGUAUCGAAUAUCACGGUCGAGGAAACUUUAGGCUUAUGCUUCGCUUCGUAAAAUCCAUUGUGGUCACGCUGCCCGUCUCAAGAACACAGUCGCGUGUGGGUGCAGUGCUCUUCUCCACCAAUCCUUUUCCACUGUUCAGAUUUGGCCAGCUGAACACCAUCACGCACGUGCAACAGGCUAUUGACAGCAUUAGGUACCCUCGUGGAAAGACUUACAUCGGCAAGGCUUUGGCUUACACCAGGAGAUUCUUAUUUGGCAGACGUAGGCAACGGAAUCGCAAGCGCGUCUUGAUCAUGCUCACGGAUGGUAUAUCACAGGACCGCGUCGGGCGUCAGGCGUCGCUGUUGAAGGCUAAAGGCGUUGAGGUUUUUGUCGUUGGUAUCGGAAGAGCGCUGAAGAGACGACAGUUGUUGCAGAUUGCCACAGACAGGAACCAUGUUUCUGUUGUAUCGUUCAGAGGGUUGGCUGCUUUAUCAAAGAUGAUAAGGUCCAAAAUCUGUCAGCUUGUCCAACCUACAGCAAAUUUGAUACUAAGACGAGAAGAUUUUCCUCUGACUUUGGAAUUUAUUUUCUGUUACAAUUAUCUUGCAGUUUAUAUUCCAGAUUCUGUAGUCGUGUACCCUAUGGACGGUCCGAGGCGGGGUAAAGACAUCAGCCGAACUAAAAAUCCCUCGGCCACUCUAAUGGGCGUAGGCACGGCUCAAGGUCCGGACGGCCGUCGUGAUGGAUCCUUACGUUUCUAUGGACGACGGAACAGCUACGUCGAAAUUCCUAACACGGGAAAGCUGGACACAAGAUACUCAAUAACUAUUCUCAUCUGGGUGUACCACGCAGGGAUAUCAGGACCCAUAUUCAAUUACAAUCCACGAGGCUUUGGCGUGCACGUCUGGAUGACAGGGCGGCGCCAACUUUUCGCGCGCUUUGUGCGACGCUCAGGGAAAUUCACGUCACCGAUCACAAGUGGAAGAAUGAAAUACAAGGCGUGGAAUUACGUCGGUGCAAAGUACGAUGGCAGAACGGGCGUGGCGACGCUUUACAUCAACUCAGUACCCGUCGGAAUUAGACGUUUAGGGCGAAUAAAGUUGUCGACAAAUUAUCCCGUGAGACUCGGAGCACGGGAAGGUGACAGGCGCUAUUUCCGAGGACGACUCUUUUGCGCGCAGGUAUACAGUGCUGCACUCAGCCAGAAACAGAUCUUCGCGGCUAAACGGAGAUGCUUUCUACCAGUUCCGUCUCCUACUCCUCCUCCUGGUCCUCGUCCAAAACCAGCGCCACGUGUUUGCAGGCAGCGUAUCGAUCUCGGCUUCCUGGUGGAUGCGUCUCGCGUCAGGUACAGCUCCCGUGUCAUCCUGAGAUUCUUAAAGGACACAGUCAGGUUAUUUGAAGUUUCCAGGCUGAAAGCUAGAAUUGGCAUUGUACUGUACACCUCAAGAGUUAGGCUCCUCUUGGGAUUUAGAAGAAAUUACAAUCCAAGUCAAAUAAGCAGACUGAUUGAUCAGAUCCGACUCAUCGGUCGCACUGGCAGAUACCUUGGAAGAGCCUUGACUUACACAGCUCGCUACCUAUUUAGAGGUAGACCACGCUGCGGGCGAAGAAGGGUUCUUGUUGUUCUGGCAACUGGAGAGUCCCGCGAUGAUGUCACAAGGCCUGCGAGAGGAUUAUUUUCCUCGGGUGUAGAAUUAUACGCUGUUGGUAUUGGAAGAGUGAGGAGACAAUCGUUGCUUCGUGUUGCCACAAUCUCAAGUCAUAUUUUUAAAGUUGGUGCGAGGCAGUUGGUGUCAUUAAGUAGGAUUAUCAAAGAUAAAAUAUGCAGUUCGACAGUUAUUGUUUCCGGUGGUGCAGUCGGUUUCUAUCCAUUUACAAGCACCUCUGGCGGACGUGACGUCAGUAGGUUCAGGAAUCCAACAGCACAGCUUGUUGGCGUUUCAUUCAUUCAAGGCCCAGAUGGACAUCCGCAGGGAGCUUUAUUUUUCCCAGGGAUGCGAAGACAAAGAGGACGAUUAAGAGGCAGCUAUGCUCUGAUCCCAAACAACGGAUGUCUGGACACUCGUUACUCUAUUACGAUAAUUGCCUGGAUUUACCCGGAGAAGCCCGGUCCCAUUGUGCACUACAAUCCGAAGGGAUGGGGCCUUCACUUGUGGCUCACUCAUCCAAACGAGCUCUACUUACGCUUAAUGCCUAGAAAGGGCUCGCGGCAUAAUGUUAAACCACUGACCACCCAGAGCUUGAAGCCUUACAGUUGGAACUAUAUCAGUGCUACUUAUGACCACCGCACAGGACUUUUAACGCUUUGGCUGAAUGGGCUUCCUGUGUCUCAGAGGAAUAUCGGAAAGUUUCCUUUGGGCGUAGCCACGAACUACCCCAUAGUCAUUGGUCAGCGGCCUGGAGAUCGUCGCAUAUUUCGUGGACGUAUUGCGUGUUUGCAAAUUUAUAAUGUGGCUAUGACGAGAGCACAGAUUAUCGCUAGGAGAAAGCAGUGCUUUAGACCAGUGGUUGUACCCACCGCACCAACUCAGAAACCAUCAACUCCUCGACCAGUUUGUGCCGUACCUAUUGAUCUGGGCUUCCUUAUCGACGGUUCCUCCAGUAUUGAACGUUACGGCCGAGGAAACUUUGCCCGUAUGUUAAACUUUAUCAAGUCUUUUGUGAGCUUCUUUCCAAUCUCUCGCCGAGAUACUCAUGUUGGUGUGAUCCUCUACACUCGCCGAGCUAUACCUAUCUUCAGGUUUAAUAAAUACUAUACGAGGGCGGCCAUCUUGAGAGCUAUAGAGAACCUAAGGUAUCCCCGAGGAGGUACCUACAUUGGAAAAGCUUUGUCAUUUGCCCGACGGUAUUUGUACCCAGGAAGACCAGCGUCUAAUAGAAAGAGGGUGACAGUCGUGCUUACCGAUGGCAUCUCCCAGGACCGUGUAAGUGGACCGGCGCGUCAUCUUCGUGUUGCAGGAUGUGAGAUCUUCGUUCUUGGCAUCGGACGAGGAUAUAGAAUAUCUCAGUUACGGCAGAUUGCUACCGAUAACAAUCACAUAUUUACGGCGUCCUUUAGAUCGCUCGGGAAAGUUAUACAGAAGAUUAAAAGCAAAGCCUGCCAGAAGCCAGUGCCCACUCCAACACCAACACCCCCAAGAGUUCGUCUCCCAAGUACUAUGGCUGUUUACCCAUUCGAUCGUGUUCGAGCGGGUCGAGACAUCAGUCGAGGAAGAAAUCCGAGCGCACGAAUUGUCGGUGUGAAAUAUGGACAAGGCCCUGAUGGUCGUACGGACGGCUCUACGGAAUUUUACGGAAGACCUAACAGCUACGUGGAAAUCCCCAACCGUGGGAAACUGGACGCGAGGUAUUCCAUAACUUUCUUAAUCUGGGUGUACCAUAAUGGCCGCAAGGGACCAAUUGUAAACUACAAUCCGAAUGGCUACGGCGUUCAUCUGUGGAUGACGAGUUAUCGGCAGCUAUUUCUUCGUUUUAUGCACCGCGACGGACGCACAACUCGCCCCUUGAGAAGCAAUCGGUUAAAGUACCGAGCUUGGAAUUAUGUUGGUGCUACUUAUGACGAACGAUCUGGUAUUGCUACGCUGUGGUUGAAUUCUCAGCCGGUAGCAAGACGGCGUUUGGGUAGAGUGCGUCUCUCCACAAACUAUCCUAUCAGACUGGGAGCCAUCAGGAGAAGUCGCAACUAUUUCAAAGGAAGGAUCUUCUGCUUACAGCUUUACAGCGUCGCGCUGACAAGAAAACAGAUCUUUGAAGCUAAAAGGAAGUGCUUUUUGCCAGUUCCUAAGCCAACGACGCCGGUCACCAAACCAACAACUCCGCCUCCGAGAGUUUGCAAAGCCCGCAUCGACCUGGGAUUCCUUAUCGAUGGCUCUCGCCGAACUGGAUCCGUCACUUUCCGGCGCAUUAUCGAAUACGUAAAGGAAAUGGUCAGGCGAUUUGAUGUCCAGAGAUCGCAAACUAGAGUAGCUCUAACCAUUUUCGCUUCAAGCCAGCGGCUGGUUUUCCGCUUUGGCAAAUCGUACAGUAGAGCGCAAGUGUACCGAGAGCUUAAAAAGUUGAGUUUGUUGCGUGGAAGGCGAAGAAAUACAGCUCGAGCCCUGAUGUAUGUUAAGAGACAUAUGUUCCGAGGCAAACCCACAUGCGGCAGGAGAAGAGUACUCGUACUGGUAACUGCUCGUGAAACACGUGACAAUGUGGUGCGUCCGGCAAGAAUCUUGCACGCUGCCGGUAUUGAAGUGUACACAGUCGGCCUUGGUCGGGUUAGUGUGCGAUACUUGAGGAAAAUCGCUACAGACCGGUUCCACGUGUUUGUUAAGAAUGCACGGAGCUUAUUGACUAUCGUGAGAACCAUCAAGGACAGGAUGUGCCACUCCCCAGUCAUCAUUUCUAGAGGAGCUGUAGCCACGUAUCCCUUCACAAGUGCAGUACGAGGCAGUGACAUCAGUCAAUAUAAGAACCCUCCCGCACGACUUGUAGGUGUUUCCUACAUCCAGGGACCUGACGGACACCCGAAGGGAGCUUACUACUUCCCAGGAAGAACUCGAAUUAGGGGAAGAACGAGAGUAAGCUAUGCCGUUCUCCCGAACAAUGGUUGCCUUGACACACGGUACUCGCUGACGAUGAUACUCUGGGUGUAUCCUGAAUCUCCAGGACCUUUGAUUCAUUUCAAUCCCAAAGGAUGGGGAGUCCAUCUGUGGGCAACCCGUCUCACUCAACUCUACUUUCGGCUUAUGCCAAGGAGUAGGACGGGCCGCAGAGUGAAAGCUUUGAUUGGUCGCGGGCUCAAACCCAGGACAUGGAACUACGUUGCAGCUAGUUACAACCACCGCACCGGUUUGGCGACUCUCUGGUGUAACGGCUACCCGAUUGUUCAAAGAAAUGUUGGCCGAUUCCCAAGUGGGCUGGCCACCAAUUAUCCCAUAAUGAUCGGUCGUAAGCCUCGCUCUCGUCAUGUGUUUCGUGGACGAAUCGCGUGUCUGCAACUGUUCAACGUGGCACUCACGCGACCUCAGAUCAUCGCCUUAAAAAAGAAAUGCUUUCGACCAAUUCCACAACCCCCGCCCACUCCAAGUCCAGUUUGCAGAUCUCGUGUGGAUCUUGGUAUUCUUGUCGAUGGUUCCAGCAGCGUCGGGCGAAGGAACUUCAGAAAAGUCAUUGACUUCGUGAGAUCUUUGGUCAGCUUCUUCCCUCUGUCCACGCGACAAACACGCGUAGGUGUGAUGCUGUUCUCCUCUCGACCGAGACUCAUGUUUGGAUUCAACAGAUAUGGCUCAAGAGCGCAUAUUGUCAGAGCCAUCAACCGUAUAAGAUAUCUGCCGAGAGGACGGGGAAGUUUUAUUGGACGAGCUCUCAGAUAUGUCCGCCGUGUGCUGUUCCGAAGGCGCGCCGUACAAGGGCGUAAACGCACCCUGCUUAUCUUAUCUGAUGGUGUUUCCUCGGAUGGUGUUCGAGGACCUGCCUCACGCCUUAAGCGAGAGGGAGUAGAGCUAUUCGCCCUUGGAAUCGGCUCGCGAUUCAGCAGAAGUCAGCUACAGAUGAUUGCAUCAAGCCCUCGUAAUGUUUUUGCGGCUGGAUUUAGUCGGCUUGGAAAAGUUAUUCAGGCCAUCAAAGAGAAAGUGUGUCGCCCUACACGACCAACGCCUAAACCGACCGUACCAACGCCGACGAGACCACCUCGUGCCGUUGCACUGUAUCCCCUCAACAGUAGAACCCAAGGACGAGACAUCGGCCCUAGGAAAAAUAAACCCGGGCGUCCCAGUCAGGUACGUCUGGCUUCUGGACCAGACAAGUUCCCACGGGGAUCCUUCUAUUUCACCGGUCGGCGCGGUAGCUACAUCUACUUCCCUAACAAUGGUGGCAUUGAUACCAGGAACUCGAUAACCUUACUAGCUUGGGUCCACCCUGAGAAAGGCGGUCCUAUAUUCCACUACAACCCAAGAGGUUCGGGAGUAAGCUUCUGGAUCCUCAGGAGGAAUACCUUGUAUGUGAAGUUCGUUCGGCGCUCUGGUCGUAGGUCGUUCAUUCUGAGAGCACAAGGUAUUCGCCCGAGGAUGUGGAACUAUAUUGCUGCAACUUAUGACUGUAAGACUGGGCUAGCUACCCUCUGGCGCGAGUCAACGCCAAUUGCACAGAGAAAUAUCGGAAGAGGUUUGAGGCUCGCUACCAAUUAUCCUGCGAUUAUGGGAAGCAGACCAGGAUCUAGGACUCGUUUCCGUGGUCGGAUUGCUUGUAUGCAGGUGUUUGAUGUGGCACUGACUGGACCUCAGAUGAACAAGCGACGCAAUGUUUGUUUCAGAGGUGCCCCCCCACCUGAGCCGCCUCUUCCAGAGUUACCCCCUCUUGUCGCUAUAUUUACCCUGGAUGGGGAGACUAAAACUAAAGAUAUCACUCGUAACAACCCGCCCGGUAUCCCGUCACAUGUCCGUCCAGCACCAGGCCCCGACGGAAAUCCAAAGGGAUCAACUCAGUUUUUCGGCUCGUCAAACAGUUAUAUCGAAUUCCCAAACAAUGGCAAGCUCGAUACCAGGCGUUCUAUAACCAUUUUGGCGUGGAUUUACCACAACGGGCGGUCUGGGCCUAUCUUCAACUACGAUCGACGUGGUUUCGGAGUUCAUCUGUGGAUGGUUGGACCCAGGGUGCUUUUCGUCCGUUUUGUGAAACGUUCAAGAGGGCGAACAUCUUCAGUUGCGACCUACUCUACAAAACCGCGUUAUAGAGCUUGGAACUACAUUGGAGCCACUUACGAUUACAACACUGGCGUCGCUACAUUAUGGCUGGACUCGAAACCUGUAGCGCGACAGAGCAUCGGGCGUUUCGAGCUGGCCACGAAUUAUCCAAUCAGGAUGGGUGCACGAAUUGGCGAUAAAAGGGCUUUUCGUGGUAGAAUUUCCUGUCUCCAAGUCUACAGUAUUGCUUUAAACGCGAAACAGAUACGUGGAGCGCGGAAGCGGUGUUUCAAGAAAUUAACAUCUCCGACACGUCCCCUACCGGAAAUGUGUAAGAUUGCUGUAGACCUCGGGUUCCUGGUCGAUGGAUCUGGAAGUAUCGAGUUCCAAGGGAAAGGAAACUUUGGUCGCAUACUAAACCUCAUUAAAUCGUUGGUCAGCUUCUUUGAAGUGUCUCGAGGGAAAUCACGAAUCGGUUUCGUAUUAUUCUCUUCUCGACCGAUCCCAAUUUUCGGGUUCCGACGUUAUUCGUCCAAAGUUCAAAUCCUCCGAGCGAUCGAUCAGGUGCGUUAUCCUCGAGGGGGCACGCGCAUCGGAAAUGCUUUAGAAUUUACACAAAACUACCUUUUCAAACAACGAACUCCUCGCAAAAGAAAGCAAGUGCUGGUGUUGAUCACUGAUGGUAUUUCACAAGACCGUGUCGGUCCUGCUGCCAGUCGCUUGAAGGCGACUGGUACUGAAGUUUUCGCAGUGGGUGUUGGAAAGAACUACAGGCGUAGACAAUUAUACCAGAUAGCUACGGAUCGGAAGCAUGUAGUGACUACAUCAUUUAGCAUGCUAAUGACAAUCAUAUUGGCUUUAAAGAAGCAAGUGUGCCAACGGCAGAAAGUUGUACCCAUCGUCCGCCCUGUCACCAAACCAACCGGUACACCUCGAGUGGAGCUUCCCAGAACGCUGGCUGUGUAUCCGCUGGACUACAUUAGGCGCGGACGAGAUCUCAGUCGUAAUCGAAACCCAUCAGCCAGAUUUUAUGGUAUAACAUACAAACAAGGCCCUGAUGGCAGACGGGAUGGUUCUACACAAUUUUAUGGAAGAUCAAAUAGCUACGUGGAGAUUCCUAACACAGGGAAACUAGACGCUAGAUACUCCAUCACUGUCUGUAUUUGGGUUUAUCACGAGGGACGACGGGGAAUCAUUCUGAACUACAAUCCAAACCGCAGAGGCUUCCAGCUGCGUAUGAUCAGUCCUAGAGUACUCCAAGUGAUAAUUGUCCGAAGAACAAAAAGGACGACAAUAACGGUACAGACAGGAGGAAGAAUUAUCAAUUACAAGGCUUGGAGCUACAUAGCUGUAACAUUUGACGAGCGAAGUCAAAUGUUGACCAUUUGGGUGAAUUCCAAACCAGUUGUUAGCCGAACAAUUGGUAAAGUUCAGUUGGAUACUAGGAAGGCAAUCAUACUCGGUGGACAGAAAGGCAGCAGGGAAUACUUCCGUGGUCGACUGUUUUGUCUUCAGUUGUACAGUGUGGCACUAAACAGGAAGCAGAUCGAGGAGACAAAGAAGAGAUGCUUCAGGAAAGUGAUCAUCACAAUUCCAACCCCGACACCUACGCCUACACCUGCUCCAAGAGUUUGCACAGCUCGUGUUGAUCUCGGUUUUUUGAUCGACGCUACCAGUCGCGUGGGACGAAACAUCCGGCAAAUUGCUCAGUUUGUACGAGAAACUGUUCGUCGAUUUACUAUCUCAAGUAGAGCUGCACGUAUUGGAGUAGUAACGUAUGCUUCUCGUUCAAAAAGAAUCAUCGGCUUCGCUGCAGCAUACAAUCGGCAGCGAAGUUACAAUGCAAUUCGUGGAAUUCGGGCUCUUGGAGGCAGAGCAAGACUUGGCCGAGCGUUAACCUAUACCAGAUUAAAUCUGUUCAGAGGUAAACCUCGUUGUGGAAGACGAAGAGUUCUUAUUGUUCUUACCAGUGGGCAAUGGAUUGACAGGGUGAAGAGACCAGCCGAGGCUCUUAAGGGAGCUGGUGUGGAGAUAUUCACGAUUGGUAUUGGCAGCAUCAGAAGGACAAGUCUAGUACGAGUUACAACUGACACCAAGCAUGUAUUUGUAGUUGGGUAUACACAGCUUUUGUCCAUUGUAAGAACACUAAAAGACAGGAUUUGUUACUCUCCCGUUAUUCGUCGAGGAGCGGUUGCAGUUUAUCAGCUCAACAGCGCCUCCAAGAACCGUGACAUCAGUGGAUACGUCAACCCACCCGCCACAUUUGUAGGCGUUUACUACGCACGUGGCCCUGACAACCAUCCACAAGGAGCCCUUUCCUUCAGAGGAAGAAGAAACAGUUAUGUUUUGAUCCCUAAUAACGGCUGUCUGGACACUAGGUUCUCACUGACUAUUAUCAUGUGGGUGUAUCCAGAGAGCAGUGGACCAUUGUUACAUUUUAAUCCAAAAGGCUGGGGUGUUCACGUGUGGAUCAUAAGUCAAUUCAGACUUUUCGCUCGGUUUGUACCUCGCUCAGGCAAAUCUGUGACAGCCGUGUACAAGAGGAUAAAACCACGCCAGUGGAACUACAUUGCUGCGUCGUACGAUCGACGAACAGGUCUGGCCACCCUAUGGCUAGAUAGUCUUCCCAUCAUCCAACGCAAGAUUGGUAGAUUCCGUCUUGGCCUUGCUACUAACUAUCCCAUAGUGAUCGGAAGUAAACCUGGUGAUCGACGCAAGUUCCGCGGAAGAGUUGCCUGCGUACAAAUGUAUAACUAUGCUAUGAGUGCUGCACAGAUUCGAAGUAAAAAGAAGCAGUGUUUCCGUGUAGCACCCACUUCUCCAGUCAUAAAACCAAUUAGUACACCAAGAGUGGAACUUCCUAGAACGCUGGCUGUGUAUCCGCUGGACUACAUUAGGCGUGGACGAGAUCUCAGUCGUAAUCGAAACCCAUCAGCCAGAUUUUACGGUAUAAUAUAUAAACAAGGCCCAGAUGGCAGACGGGAUGGUUCUACACAAUUUUAUGGAAGAUCAAAUAGCUACGUGGAGAUUCCUAACACAGGGAAACUAGACGCUAGAUACUCCAUCACUGUCUGUAUUUGGGUUUAUCACGAGGGACGACGGGGAAUCAUACUGAACUACAAUCCAAACCGCAGAGGCUUCCAGCUGCGCAUGAUCAGUUCCAGAGUACUUCAAGUGAUAAUUGUACGACGAACAAGAAGAACAACAAUCACAGUACAGACAAGAGGAAGAGUUAUCAAUUACAAGGCUUGGAGCUACAUUGCUGUAACAUUUGACGAGCGAAGUCAAAUGUUGACCAUUUGGGUGAAUUCCAAACCAGUUGUUAGACGAACAAUUGGUAAAGUUCAGUUGGAAACCAGGAAGGCAAUCAUACUCGGUGGACAGAAAGGCAGCAGGGAAUACUUCCGUGGUCGACUGUUUUGUCUUCAGUUGUACAGUGUGGCACUAAAUAGGAAGCAGAUCGAGGAGACAAAGAAGAGAUGCUUCAGGAAAGUGCCCAUCACAAUUCCAAUCCCUACGCCUACACCUACACCUGCCCCUAGAGUUUGCACAGCCCGAGUUGAUCUCGGUUUCCUUAUCGACGCAACCAGUCGUGUGGGACGAAAUAUCCGGCAAAUUGCUCAGUUUGUACGAGAAGCUGUUCGUCGAUUUACUAUCUCAAGUAGAGCUGCACGUAUUGGAGUAGUAACGUAUGCUUCUCGUCCAAGAAUAAUCAUCGGCUUCGCUGCAGCAUACAAUCGGCAGCGAAGUUACAAUGCAAUUCGUGGAAUUCGGGCUCUUGGAGGCAGAGCAAGACUUGGCCGAGCGUUAACCUAUACCAGAUUAAAUCUGUUCAGAGGUAAACCUCGUUGUGGAAGACGAAGAGUUCUUAUUGUUCUUACCAGUGGGCAAUGGAUUGACAGGGUGAAGAGACCAGCCGAGGCUCUUAAGGGAGCUGGUGUGGAGAUAUUCAUGAUUGGUAUCGGCAGCAUCGGGAGGACGAGUUUACUACGAGUUACAACUGACACCAAGCAUGUAUUUGUAGUUGGGUAUACACAGCUUUUGUCCAUUGUAAGAACACUGAAGGACAGGAUUUGUUACUCUCCCGUUAUUCGCCGAGGAGCGGUUGCAGUUUAUCAGCUCAACAGCGCCUCCAAGAACCGUGACAUCAGUGGAUACGUCAACCCACCCGCCACAUUUGUAGGCGUUUACUACGCACGUGGCCCAGACAACCAUCCACAAGGAGCCCUUUCCUUUAGAGGAAGAAGAAACAGUUAUGUUUUGAUCCCUAAUAACGGCUGUCUAGACACUAGAUUCUCACUGACCAUUAUCAUGUGGGUGUAUCCAGAGAGCAGUGGACCAUUGUUACAUUUUAAUCCAAAAGGCUGGGGUGUUCACGUGUGGAUCAUAAGUCAGUUCAGACUUUUCGCUCGGUUUGUACCUCGCUCAGGCAAAUCUGUGACAGCCGUGUACAAGAGGAUAAAACCACGCCAGUGGAACUACAUUGCUGCGUCGUACGAUCGACGAACAGGUCUGGCCACCCUAUGGCUAGAUAGUCUUCCCAUCAUCCAACGCAAGAUUGGUAGAUUCCGUCUUGGCCUUGCUACUAACUAUCCCAUAGUGAUCGGAAGUAAACCUGGUGAUCGACGCAAGUUCCGCGGAAGAAUUGCCUGUGUACAGAUGUAUAACUAUGCUAUGAGUGCUGCACAGAUUCGAAGUAAAAAGAAGCAGUGUUUCCGUGCAGCACCCACUUCUCCAGUCAUAAAACCAAUAAGUACACCAAGAGUGGAACUUCCUAGAACGCUGGCUGUGUAUCCGCUGGACUACAUUAGGCGCGGACGAGAUCUCAGUCGUAAUCGAAACCCAUCAGCCAGAUUUUACGGUAUAACAUAUAAACAAGGCCCAGAUGGCAGACGGGAUGGUUCUACACAAUUUUAUGGAAGAUCAAAUAGCUACGUGGAGAUUCCUAACACAGGGAAACUAGACGCUAGAUACUCCAUCACUGUCUGUAUUUGGGUUUAUCACGAGGGACGACGGGGAAUCAUACUGAACUACAAUCCAAACCGCAGAGGCCUCCAGCUACGCAUGAUCAGUUCCAGAGUACUUCAAGUGAUAAUUGUACGGCGAACAAGAAGAACAACAAUCACGGUACAGACAAGAGGAAGAGUUAUCAAUUACAAGGCUUGGAGCUACAUUGCUGUAACAUUUGACGAGCGAAGUCAAAUGUUGACCAUUUGGGUGAAUUCCAAACCAGUUGUUAGACGAACAAUUGGUAAAGUUCAGUUGGAAACCAGGAAGGCAAUCAUACUCGGUGGACAGAAAGGCAGCAGGGAAUACUUCCGUGGUCGACUGUUUUGUCUUCAGUUGUACAGUGUGGCACUAAAUAGGAAGCAGAUCGAGGAGACAAAGAAGAGAUGCUUCAGGAAAGUGCCCAUCACAAUUCCAAUCCCUACGCCUACACCUACACCUGCUCCUAGAGUUUGCACAGCCCGAGUUGAUCUCGGUUUCCUUAUCGACGCUACCAGUCGUGUGGGACGAAAUAUCCGGCAAAUUGCUCAGUUUGUACGAGAAGCUGUUCGUCGAUUUACUAUCUCAAGUAGAGCUGCACGUAUUGGAGUAAUAACGUAUGCUUCUCGUCCAAGAAUAAUCAUCGGCUUCGCUGCAGCAUACAAUCGGCAGCGAAGUUACAAUGCAAUUCGUGGAAUUCGGGCUCUUGGAGGCAGAGCAAGACUUGGCCGAGCGUUAACCUAUACCAGAUUAAAUCUGUUCAGAGGUAAACCUCGUUGUGGAAGACGAAGAGUUCUUAUUGUUCUUACCAGUGGGCAAUGGAUUGACAGGGUGAAGAGACCAGCCGAGGCUCUUAAGGGAGCUGGUGUGGAGAUAUUCAUGAUUGGUAUCGGCAGCAUCGGGAGGACGAGUUUACUACGAGUUACAACUGACACCAAGCAUGUAUUUGUAGUUGGGUAUACACAGCUUUUGUCCAUUGUAAGAACACUGAAGGACAGGAUUUGUUACUCUCCCGUUAUUCGCCGAGGAGCGGUUGCAGUUUAUCAGCUCAACAGCGCCUCCAAGAACCGUGACAUCAGUGGAUACGUCAACCCACCCGCCACAUUUGUAGGCGUUUACUACGCACGUGGCCCAGACAACCAUCCACAAGGAGCCCUUUCCUUUAGAGGAAGAAGAAACAGUUAUGUUUUGAUCCCUAAUAACGGCUGUCUAGACACUAGAUUCUCACUGACCAUUAUCAUGUGGGUGUAUCCAGAGAGCAGUGGACCAUUGUUACAUUUUAAUCCAAAAGGCUGGGGUGUUCACGUGUGGAUCAUAAGUCAGUUCAGACUUUUCGCUCGGUUUGUACCUCGCUCAGGCAAAUCUGUGACAGCCGUGUACAAGAGGAUAAAACCACGCCAGUGGAACUACAUUGCUGCGUCGUACGAUCGACGAACAGGUCUGGCCACCCUAUGGCUAGAUAGUCUUCCCAUCAUCCAACGCAAGAUUGGUAGAUUCCGUCUUGGCCUUGCUACUAACUAUCCCAUAGUGAUCGGAAGUAAACCUGGUGAUCGACGCAAGUUCCGCGGAAGAAUUGCCUGUGUACAGAUGUAUAACUAUGCUAUGAGUGCUGCACAGAUUCGAAGUAAAAAGAAGCAGUGUUUCCGUGCAGCACCCACUUCUCCAGUCAUAAAACCAAUUAGUACACCAAGAGUGGAACUUCCUAGAACGCUGGCUGUGUAUCCGCUGGACUACAUUAGGCGUGGACGAGAUCUCAGUCGUAAUCGAAACCCAUCAGCCAGAUUUUACGGUAUAACAUAUAAACAAGGCCCAGAUGGCAGACGGGAUGGUUCUACACAAUUUUAUGGAAGAUCAAAUAGCUACGUGGAGAUUCCUAACACAGGGAAACUAGACGCUAGAUACUCCAUCACUGUCUGUAUUUGGGUUUAUCACGAGGGACGACGGGGAAUCAUACUGAACUACAAUCCAAACCGCAGAGGCCUCCAGCUACGCAUGAUCAGUUCCAGAGUACUUCAAGUGAUAAUUGUACGGCGAACAAGAAGAACAACAAUCACGGUACAGACAAGUGGAAGAGUUAUCAAUUACAAGGCUUGGAGCUACAUUGCUGUAACAUUUGACGAGCGAAGUCAAAUGUUGACCAUUUGGGUGAAUUCCAAACCAGUUGUUAGACGAACAAUUGGUAAAGUUCAGUUGGAAACCAGGAAGGCAAUCAUACUCGGUGGACAGAAAGGCAGUAGGGAAUACUUCCGUGGUCGACUGUUUUGUCUUCAGUUGUACAGUGUGGCACUAAAUAGGAAGCAGAUCGAGGAGACAAAGAAGAGAUGCUUCAGGAAAGUGCCCAUCACAAUUCCAAUCCCUACGCCUACACCUACACCUGCUCCUAGAGUUUGCACAGCCCGAGUUGAUCUCGGUUUCCUUAUCGACGCUACCAGUCGCAUGGGACGCAACAUCCGGCAAAUUGCUCAGUUUGUACGAGAAGCUGUUCGUCGAUUUACUAUCUCAAGUAGAGCUGCACGUAUUGGAGUAGUAACGUAUGCUUCUCGUCCAAGAAGAAUCAUCGGCUUCGCUGCAGCAUACAAUCGGCAGCGAAGUUACAAUGCAAUUCGUGGAAUUCGGGCUCUUGGAGGCAGAGCAAGACUUGGCCGAGCGUUAACCUAUACCAGAUUAAAUCUGUUCAGAGGUAAACCUCGUUGUGGAAGACGAAGAGUUCUUAUUGUUCUUACCAGUGGGCAAUGGAUUGACAGGGUGAAGAGACCAGCCGAGGCUCUUAAGGGAGCUGGUGUGGAGAUAUUCAUGAUUGGUAUCGGCAGCAUCGGGAGGACGAGUUUACUACGAGUUACAACUGACACCAAGCAUGUAUUUGUAGUUGGGUAUACACAGCUUUUGUCCAUUGUAAGAACACUAAAGGACAGGAUUUGUUACUCACCAGUUAUUCGCCGAGGAGCAGUUGCAGUUUAUCAGCUCAACAGCGCCUCCAAGAACCGUGACAUCAGUGGAUACGUCAACCCACCCGCCACAUUUGUAGGCGUUUACUACGCACGUGGCCCAGACAACCAUCCACAAGGAGCCCUUUCCUUUAGAGGAAGAAGAAACAGUUAUGUUUUGAUCCCUAAUAACGGCUGUCUAGACACUAGGUUCUCACUGACCAUUAUCAUGUGGGUGUAUCCAGAGAGCAGUGGACCAUUGUUACAUUUUAAUCCAAAAGGCUGGGGUGUUCAUGUGUGGAUCAUAAGUCAGUUCAGACUUUUCGCUCGGUUUGUACCUCGCUCAGGCAAAUCUGUGACAGCCGUGUACAAGAGGAUAAAACCACGCCAGUGGAACUACAUUGCUGCGUCGUACGAUCGACGAACAGGUCUGGCCACCCUGUGGCUAGAUAGUCUUCCCAUCAUCCAACGCAGGAUUGGUAAAUUCCGUCUUGGCCUUGCUACUAACUAUCCCAUAGUGAUCGGAAGUAAACCUGGUGAUCGACGCAAGUUCCGCGGAAGAAUUGCCUGCGUACAGAUGUAUAACUAUGCUAUGAGUGCUGCACAGAUUCGAAGUAAAAAGAAGCAGUGUUUCCGUGCAGCACCCACUUCUCCAAUCCCAAAACCAAUUAGUACACCAAGAGUGGAACUUCCUAGAACGCUGGCUGUGUAUCCGCUGGACUACAUUAGGCGCGGACGAGAUCUCAGUCGUAAUCGAAACCCAUCAGCCAGAUUUUACGGUAUAAUAUAUAAACAAGGCCCAGAUGGCAGACGGGAUGGUUCUACACAAUUUUAUGGAAGAUCAAAUAGCUACGUGGAGAUUCCUAACACAGGGAAACUAGACGCUAGAUACUCCAUCACUGUCUGUAUUUGGGUUUAUCACGAGGGACGACGGGGAAUCAUACUGAACUACAAUCCAAACCGCAGAGGCUUCCAGCUGCGCAUGAUCAGUCCCAGAGUACUUCAAGUGAUAAUUGUCCGAAGAACAAGAAGAACAUCAAUCACAGCACAGACAAGAGGAAGAGUUAUCAAUUACAAGGCUUGGAGCUACAUAGCUGUAACUUUUGACGAGCGAAGUCAAAUGUUGACCAUUUGGGUGAAUUCCAAACCAGUUGUUAGACGAACAAUUGGUAAAGUUCAGUUGGAAACCAGGAAGACAAUCAGACUCGGUGGACAGAAAGGCAGCAGGGAAUACUUCCGUGGUCGACUGUUUUGUCUUCAGUUGUACAGUGUGGCACUAAACAGGAAGCAGAUCGAGGAGACAAAGAAGAGAUGCUUUAGGAAAGUGCCCAUCACAAUUCCAAUCCCUACGCCUACACCUACACCUGCUCCUAGAGUUUGCACAGCCCGAGUUGAUCUCGGUUUCCUCAUCGACGCUACCAGUCGCGUGGGACGAAACAUCCGGAAAAUUGCUCAGUUUGUACGAGAAGCUGUUCGUCGAUUUACUAUCUCAAGUAGAGCUGCACGUAUUGGAGUAAUAACGUAUGCCUCUCGUCCAAGAAGAAUCAUCGGCUUCGCUGCAGCAUACAAUCGGCAGCGAAGUUACAAUGCAAUUCGUGGAAUUCGAGCUCUUGGAGGCAGAGCAAGGCUUGGCCGAGCGUUAACCUAUACCAGAUUUAAUCUGUUCAGAGGUAAACCUCGUUGUGGAAGACGAAGAGUUCUUAUUGUUCUUACCAGUGGGCAAUGGAUUGACAGGGUGAAGAGACCAGCCGAGGCUCUUAAGGGAGCUGGUGUUGAGAUAUUCACGAUUGGUAUCGGCAGCAUCGGAAGGACGAGUUUAUUACGAGUUACAACUGACACCAAGCAUGUAUUUGUAGUUGGGUAUACACAGCUUUUGUCCGUCGUAAGAACACUAAAGGACAGGAUUUGUUACUCACCAGUUAUUCGCCGAGGAGCAGUUGCAGUUUAUCAGCUCAACAGCGCCUCCAAGAACCGUGACAUCAGUGGAUACGUCAACCCACCCGCCACAUUUGUAGGCGUUUACUACGCACGUGGCCCUGACAGUCAUCCACAAGGAGCUCUUUCCUUUAGAGGAAGAGGAAACAGUUAUGUUUUGAUCCCUAAUAACGGCUGUCUGGACAGUAGAUUCUCUCUGACUAUUAUCAUGUGGGUGUAUCCAGAGAGCAGUGGACCAUUGUUACAUUUUAAUCCAAAAGGCUGGGGUGUUCAUGUGUGGAUUAUAAGUCAAUUCAGACUUUUCGCUCGGUUUGUACCUCGCUCAGGCAAAUCUGUGACAGCCGUGUACAAGAGGAUAAAACCACGCCAGUGGAACUACAUUGCUGCGUCUUACGAUCGACGAACAGGUCUGGCCACCCUGUGGCUAGAUAGUCUUCCCAUCAUCCAACGCAGGAUUGGUAGAUUCCGUCUUGGCCUUGCUACUAACUAUCCCAUAGUGAUCGGAAGUAAACCUGGUGAUCGACGCAAGUUUCGCGGGAGAAUUGCCUGCGUACAGAUGUAUAACUAUGCUAUGAGUGCUGCACAGAUUCGAAGUAAAAAGAAGCGGUGUUUCCGUACAGUUGUGACCCCAUCGCCGACUAUUCCAAUUAAAAAGCCAACACCAACAAAACCACCAGUAUGUCGCUUGAAAGUCGAUCUUGGGUUCCUGGUGGACGGUUCUGGAAGCAUAGAGAACCGAGGCAAAGGAAAUUUCAUACACAUUCUCGAUUUUAUCAAGACUCUCAUCAGUUUCUUCCCAAUCUCUGCGGGCCAGACCCGGGUGGGUAUGGUAGUGUUCUCCACUCGGCCACACCCGAUAUUUCGUUUUAACCGAUAUUACACCCUGCCUAGCGUUAUCAAGGCAGUUGAUCGUGUGAGAUAUCCAUAUGGAGGAACAAAGCUGGGAAGAGCCCUUGCAUACGUUUCAAGGUACUUAUUUCCGCGAGGAAGGUCAAAAGGCAGAAAGCCAGUUCUUGUUAUCUUGACAGACGGGAUUUCGCAAGAUAAUGUAAUAGGUCCCGCCGAGAGAUUGAAACGGAAAGGAGUGGAAAUCUUUUCUUUGGGGAUUGGUCACAAGUUUAGAAGGCUUCAGCUGCAACAAAUGGCUUCCAGUCCACUGCAUGUGUUUACGGCUGGGUUCAGGAGACUAAGCACUGUUCUUGGUGUAAUUAAAAACAAGGCUUGCACACCAUAUGUGCCGCCAAAAAAGCCUACGACACCUCCAGCUUGCAACCUAGCAAUUGAUGUUGGCUUUGUCUUGGACGCCUCUGGAAGAGUUGGACAUAACAACUUCAGGCGAAUAAAAAAGUUCGUAGAACUCGUUUCCCGAUCAUUUUCGAUUUCUCGGAGCCGAGCACGUGUAGGAGUCAUCGUAUACGGUUCGUCUGCUCGGAUGCAGUUCGGACUCAACUGGUACACGAAUCCACGCCGGCUGAACCGAGCUAUUAGAAGGAUGCGGUAUACCCGAGGAUCAAGACGCACAGGAAAGGCCUUACAGCUCGCAGUCGGAGCGCUUUUCAGACGCAGUCGACGGAAGAGGGUUCUGAUAACGGUGAUGAGUGGGCCGUCGUAUGAUAGUGUGAAGAUACCAAGUCUACAGAUACAUCGAGCUGGCAUUGAAGUGUUCGCUGUUGGUGUCACCACUCAAGUGAGGAACCAGGAGCUUAGGGCAAUAGCCACUGAUUCUCGUCAUAUUUACAUGGUUAAUUUUAAUUCGCUUUAUGGCAUCGUCAAAAGCAUAGUCAGGAAAGCGUGCAGAGCUCAAAUAACUACGCGGCCGACCAUACGACCAUCUACCCCGUCUCCAUCAAGAAAACCAAGCUUUCCUCAACCCGUUGCUGUCUACACACUGGACAGCAAAACUGGCGCACGUGAUAUCAGCCCAGGAAGAAACAUUCCAGGCAAAAGUUACAACACUAGAUACGCCCCAGGCCCUUACGGCCAACCUGGCGAGUCAACGGAAUUCUUUGGUCGUCGCAACAGCUACAUCCGUUUCCCCAACUCGGGAAAAUUGGAUGUUAAGGACUCUAUAACACUUCUCGCUUGGAUAUAUCCUAUAGGUCGUGGUCCUAUUUUUGAAUACUUCCGUGGGAUAAGGUUCUGGGUGGUCCGGUCGGACACGUUAUAUGUCCAGUUCAAACGGAGGAACGGGCGGCCUACGCGGGCUUUGAUUAAACGGCGUCUUUACCCACGCCGCUGGAAUUACGUCGGUUGUACGUAUAAUCAGCGAACAGGCAUAGCUACGCUAUGGGUGGAUUCAAGACCUGUACUAACGCAGAAUAUCAAGCGCAUUAGAUUAGCGACAAAGACAACCGCGUACAUGGGUGGAACAUUCCGCGGGCGCAUAGCUUGUAUGCAAGUUUACUCUAAGGCACUGACUGGACCUCAGAUUAAAAAAGUCAAGAACCUUUGCAAUAAACCAGGUCCUCCAACCAAACCCACAAAGCCACCUACAGCUUUACCUCCAGCCAUGGCUUUCUAUCCCUUAAACGUUCGAUACAACACCCGUGACGUCAGCAGAAGUAAAAACCCAUCAGGGCGCAUGGCAAAUGUGCGCCCUGGCGUAGGACCAGACGGAAGGCCAGGUGGCUCAUUUAGGUUCAAAGGUCGCUCUGACAGUUACAUCGAGUUCCUGAACAAAGGCCGAUUAGACGCUCGGAAUUCUAUCUCUAUUCUGGCUUGGAUAAAUCCGGAUGGCCCCGUAGGACCGAUCUUUAAUUACAAACCGGAUGGGUUUGGCGUACACUUGUGGAUGGUGCGUCGACGAGUGUUACUUGUUCGUUUCGUGACUCGUGCACGAAAGUUUACAGCUGCCGUGCAAACCAACCUUAUCAAGCCCAAGGCCUGGAAUUUCGUCACUGCUACUUAUAAUCAGCGGACGGGAUAUGCCCGAUUAUAUAUCGAUUACAGAGAAGUUGCCCGGAAAAGAAUCGGUAGGAUUCGACUGGCUACAAACUAUCCUGCUAGAAUGGGUGCGCGGAUUGGAGAUAAGCGGUAUUUCCGUGGACGAAUUACAUGUUUGCAGAUCUAUGACGUACCACUGCGACCAAUACAGAUCCAAUUGGCUAAGAGGCUUUGUUUGAAGACAAAAGUUUUCACACCUACUCCAACACCCACACCAACACCUACCAAACCGGGCCCGCCAAGACCUUGCAGAGCAAACAUGGAUCUAGGAUUCCUGAUAGAUAGCUCUUACUCCUUGCGUCGAUCAGGCAGAGGAAUUUUCCGUCUACUUACCCGGAACAUAGCGCGACUUCUCUACUCACUGCGAAUUUCAACCCAAGAAACCCGCGUCGGUAUAGUCACAUACGCGUCAAAACCGAAGCCUUUGUUCCGAUUUAACCGCUUCUUUAGGGCGUCUUCCAUGCUUUCAGUUAUAAGAAGGAUUCGACCACAAAGAGGUCCUCUCAGGAUAGGAAAAGCUCUCCACUAUACCCGUAGGUACUUGUUUAGAAGAAGAAGGCAAUGUGGACGGAAGCGUGUGCUCGUGGUAUUUGCAAGUGCCCGCUCAGUAGACCGUGUACAGCGGGCAGGACGCGUUUUAAAACGUAUUGGAAUUGAAGUAUUUGUUGUCGCUAUUGGUAGAAGGACAAGCAAAACACAGUUAUACCAGAUCGCUACAAAUGGACUCCAUGUGUUUACAGCUUCGUUGAGGACAUUAUCAGCGGUGCUGAAUGCUGUACGAGUCAAAGCAUGUUCAGUAACUGGAUCGGCAGCUGCUAGAGUUAUUUACCCUCUUAAUGGCGUCACUCGAGGAAGGGACAUAAGUAUCAACCGCAACAGAGCUGCUAGACUUGUCAACGUUAAACCAGCUCCAGGACCUGACGGCCUCCCAUUGGGUUCGUACUAUCUUCAAGGCAUCGCAAACAGCUACAUCUUGUUCCCAAACAAGGGUUGCCUGGAUACAAAGAACUCCCUUACCAUCGUUGUGUGGGUCUACCCCGAAGGUAGCGGACCAAUCUUCCACUAUUUUCCUCGCGGAUGGGGAGUGCAUCUGUGGAUGAAAAAUCCUCGCACUCUCCUGGUGAAGUUCGUGCCGAGGUCCCUGCAGACCAUCAGCGUUGUCACAAGCCGGAGAAUCAAACCAAAGACUUGGAAUUACAUAGCUGCAACUUAUGACUACGUCACGGGUCUGGCCACUCUAUGGAAUGACGCCAUACCGAUAUCACAGAGAAACAUCGGGAAGAUUCAGUUGGCUACCAACUACCCGGCAAUAUCAGGGAAGAAGCCCCGGGACAGAAGGAUCUUCCGAGGGCGGAUCGCUUGUCUUCAGAUUUACGAUCGAGCACUGACCGGAAGACAGCUUAGGAGAAUCAAAAAGAAAUGUUUCAGAGCCCGACCUACACCAACUCGACCACCUCCAGAACUUCCUCUAUUGGUGGCUGUUUAUCCACUGGAUAGAAUCAAUGGCGCUCGUGACAUCAGCCCACGUAAAUGCCCCACUGGAAGACGCGUUGGCGUAAGAAUCGCCCCGGGCCCAGACGGAAGGAAAGACGGAGCUACUGAAUUCCUUGGCAACCGUAACAGUUACAUUGAAAUCCCAAAUAACAAUGGAAAACUCGACACGGUGGCGUCUAUCUCCAUUUUGACGUGGAUUUACCACGAAGGUGUAAAAGGUCCCAUAGUCAACUACAGGGCAGGUCCCGGAUGGGGCGUGCACCUGUGGAUGAUUGGACCACGCACGCUUUUUGCGCGGUUCGUUCGCAGAGAUGGCGUAUUUACUAAGGCGGUAGUCGUCACCAGCAGAAAAAUACGUUACAGGGCAUGGAAUUACGUUGGUGCUACAUACGACUUCAAGACUGGAGUUGCUAAACUCUGGGUUAAUUCCAGGUUACUUGUUGUUAAGAGUAUCGGACGAUUCCGAUUGGCAACAAACUAUCCAAUCAGGCUUGGAGCACGACAUGGCGACAAACGCUACUUUAAGGGAAGAAUCUUCUGCGUGCAGAUCUAUAGUCGCGCCCUGAACCGGAAACAAAUUUUAGCGGCUAGUAAAACCUGCUUCAGGCCCUUUCCCACAACCAAACCCAAGCCACCAACGCCGACACAUCCAAUAUCAACACCAACACCAACACCAACAAAACCUAAAGGACCAUUUAAAGCCUCAGCAUUCUACCCUCUAACCUCGCGUACCAGAGGUCGUGACAUCAGUGUGUUCGGCAACCCACCAGGAAAGCUUGGCUACGUACAAUCAGCACCAGGCCCUGACAAAUUACCUGGAGGUUCAUACCAGUUUUUUGGACGCCGUGACAGCUACAUACAGUUCCCAAACAGAGGGAAAUUGGACACGAGACGAUCAAGCACAAUCAUCGCAUGGAUCUACCACGAGGGACGUGCGGGCCCGAUCUUCAACUACAUGCCAAACGGCUGGGGAGUGCAUUUGUGGAUGGUGUCACCGCGAACGCUUUUUGUACGUUAUACGCGUCGACAAGGAAGAAAAUCCACGACUGCUCUUGCUAGUCCUCGUAUUAAACCUCGCACAUGGCAGUACAUUGCUGCCACAUACGACCACUAUACGGGCUAUGCAAAGUUGUAUUUAGACAGUAAAGUAAUAGCGCAAAGGAGAUUGGGCCGAAUUCGUCUAGCGACAAAUUAUCCUGUGAGGAUGGGUGCCAGGAUAGGAGAUGGGCGGUAUUUCCGCGGGCGCAUAUCUUGUGUAAUGGUUUUUGAUGUGGCAUUGAACCCCAAUCAGAUUGCACGCAGGAAGAAGCGCUGCUUUAGACGUAGGUUGCUUAAUUGUGGACCGCCAGGACCAUCCGGAAAAGUUUGUAAACCCAAGAUCGACCUCACCUUUGUUAUAGACGCUUGUACGGAAAACGACCGCUUUACCAAAGCUAACUUCCUCCGUCUGAAGACCUUCCUGAUUCGUUUGAUUAGCGAGCUGCGUAUCUCCGCUAAACGAGUACGAAUCAGCUUGAUUACGUACGCGAAGUUUCCCAAACUCUUAAUCAGUUUCAGCGCCAAAAAGUCCUACGUCAUCAGAGUCAUCAAAAACAUGAAACGUGUAUGCGGAGCUCGUUAUACAGGGGCUGCCUUGCAGUACUCAUACAGGAACAUCAUAAGCCGGACCUCAAGGAGAAAGGUCCUGAUUUUGACGAGCACUGGCCCGUCCAGAGAUGAUAUCCGGGGUGCAACAGCUUUGAUUCAAAGGUCAAGAGUAGAAGUAUUUGCUGUGGGUAUAGGAAGGCGUUACAACUUUAGGGAGCUGCAGUACAUUGCUACUGAUCGUCGACAUGUCUAUACAGCAGCGUAUAGGAAUAUUGAGUCCUUGGUUACACUCAUGAAAAAGAAGGUCUGCAAGUCAGAUAAAUUCGUGACACCUGUCAAACCAGUUAUACCCAGGCCUCCAACACGUCCACCAACUCGUCGACCUCCGAAGCCCGGACCUGCGCGUGCUUUAGCAAUUUAUCCUCUUCAGUACCGAAUCAAAGGAAAAGACGUUGGUCUGUUCGGAAACCCACCGGGCAUUCUUGGCUUUGUGAGGCCUGCGGUCGGACCUGAUGGAAAACCCGGUACAUCAUACCAGUUUUACGGUCGGAGAAACAGCUUGAUCCGAUUCCCAAAUCGCGGUCGUUUAGACGCACAAAAGGCAAUAACGUUACUUGCUUGGCUUUACCCAGAGGGCCCUGGACCGAUCUUCAAAUACGGCGUCGAUUUCUCUGUCGGUAGAGCGCGUAGUUUGUUUAUACGAAUUUUCCCACGUGGAUCACGGAACAGCAGAAUUCGCCCACUGAGGGCGCGCGGAGUAUUGCGAUACCAAAGAUGGCACUUUGUAGCCGCCUCUUAUGAACAGAAAACGGGUGAAACAAGGAUUUAUGUGAAUGGAAGACUCGUUUCUCGCACUCGGCUCAGAAGAGUUCGUCUUGGUACUAAUAUUCCUGCAAUCAUGGGAGCUGCAAGAAGCAGAUACUUCCGUGGGAGAAUCUCCUGUAUGCAAGUUUAUGGACGGGUUCUGUCCAGGUGGCAGAUCAUCAAGCGAAAGACAAAAUGCUUUAAAGGAGUGCAUCCACUUCCCGCACGACCAACACCGGUUCGCCCUACACGUCCUCGUAAGCCCCCAGUUCGUCCAGUUGUCAACCCGAGAGCUCAGGCUGUAUACCCGCUCAGUUUGCGUACGCGCGGUCGUGACCUCAGUUUGUAUCGUAAUCCCGCGGGAAGCGUUCGAAGCGUCAGGUACAUAACAGGCCCGGACGGAAGACCCAACACAGCGACGCGAUUCCUCGGACACCAAAACAGCUUCAUCGAGUUCCCUAACCGCGGUAAACUCGACACUAAGCGGUCCAUUACUUUACUGGCAUGGAUUUACCACGAAGGACGUGCAGGACCAAUAUUCAACUACAUGCCGAACGGCUGGGGCGUGCACUUUUGGAUGGUUUCACCGACGACGCUGUUUGUACGGUUUACGCGUCGUAAAGGAAGGCGAUUUACAGCGGCGGUUACAACCAGAGUCCUAAAUCGUCGAUGGCAGUUUGUUGGUGCAACUUACGAUGGCACAACUGGCGUUGCUAAGCUAUUUGUGAACAGGCGGUUUACUGCAAGUAGGCGCAUCGGAAAGAUUAGACUGGCCACGAACUAUCCUGUACGGAUGGGAGCUCGCGCUGGUGAUAGGCGUUACCUCUUCGGUCGUAUUUCCUGCAUGCAGGUGUAUGAUCAGCCCUUAUCAGCAUCACAAAUUUUACGUCGGAAAAAGAGAUGCUUCACUCGAGGUCCUAUCAUCGUUCCACCGGUCAUUCGUCCAGCUGGACCAGUUUGCGUAGCCAAGAUUGAUUUAGGUUUCGUCAUCGACGCCUCCGGAAGCAUCGAAGCCUCGGGCAGAGGGAACUUCAAACGUUGCCUUAAUUUCAUCAAGCGAUUAGUGGCUUCAUUUAAAAUCUCAAGGCGUUACACUCGCGUUGGAGCUGUUGUUUAUUCAAGAAGGGUUCGUAAAGUGUUUGGUUUUAACACAUACAACAACAAAAGAUAUCUCAUGAAAGCUAUUGACCGUAUUCCAUACCUCCGAAGCAUCACCAGGACGGGCUACGCUUUGUCAUUUGCCCGGCGUAACCUGUUUAAUAGUAGGCGCAGAAACAGCAAGCAAGUUUUAAUCGUGAUGACUGACGGAAUAUCCAAUGACCGAGUGGGCGGAAGUGCACUGGCACUAAAGCGCGCAGGAAUAGAAGUAUUUGCCAUUGGAAUUGGAAAGAAUUACAACAUUGGACAGCUCAUGCAGAUAGCCUCCACAAAGAGACAAGUCUACGUAGCGGGAUUUAGGAAUCUGCAAAAUAUUGUUCGAGUGAUAAAGUCUAAAGCUUGCAAAGUGAAACCAGUGAAACCAGUGAGACCAGUGAGACCACCCAUUAGACCUCCCGUAAGGCCAACGGCUCGACCGCCAGUCAGACCACCUCGUCCCGCUCGCGCCUCUGCAGUAUACCCGCUGACCUACCGAACACGGACACGAGAUGUCAGUUUGUUUGGAAACCCGGCAGGAUUCGCUAGGAAUGUUCGAUUUGCUCCAGGACCUGAUAAGAAACCGUACGGCUCAUAUCAGUUCCUUGGUCGACCAGACAGUUACAUUGAAUUUCCAAAUCGUGGCAAAAUAGACACAAAACGUUCCAUCACGCUUUUAGCGUGGAUCUACCACCAAGGACAAGCAGGCCCCAUUUUUAAUUACAAGCCAAAUGGCUGGGGUGUUCACUUUUGGAUGGUUUCACCUAGAACGCUGUUUGUCCGCUUUACGCGCCGUGGACGGCUUCGCUCCACCAAAUCGGUUAUGAGCAGGAGGGUCUUACCCGGUCGGUGGCAGUUCGUUGGUGCAAGUUACAACCAGCGCACAGGGCAAGCGAAGUUGUUCGUUAAUGGCAGGUUUACAGCGACGACGUACAUCGGGAGAAUCAGACUUGCAACGAAUUAUCCGGUCAGAAUGGGUGCCCGUGUUGGCGAUAGAAGAUAUUUCAAGGGACGAAUCUCGUGUAUGCAAGUGUAUGAUCGCGCUCUCACAGCAAAGCAAAUUUUACGCCGAAAGACCAGAUGCUUCAGAAAAGGUCCUGUUGUUAUUCCUGGUGUUCCAGUCAGUCCAAUCCGUCCAGCAGGAAAAGUUUGCCUGGCCAAGAUCGACAUGACGUUCCUCAUCGAUGGCUCCGGCAGUAUUGAGGCGUAUGGCAAAGGGAAUUUCAAACGCUGUCUAGAUUUCGUCAAAAGAAUGGUCGUAUCCUUCAAAAUCUCUCAAAGACUUACUCGAGUCGGCGUGGUGCUUUUCUCCCACCGUCCUCGCCUUAUAUUCAGCUUCAGCACUUACAGUAGAGCUCGUGAUGUCUUAAAAGCUAUCGACAGAAUUAGAUAUCCACGAGGAGGCACUAAAACAGGCAUGGCAAUGUACUAUGCCCAGCGGACUCUGUUUAGGCGCAAGCACAGACACCGUAAGCAAGUCAUGAUUGUGAUGACGGAUGGUCGUUCCCAGGACCGUGUGAGCGGAGCUGCACGUGCACUAAAAAAACAGGGCGUGGUGUUAUUUGCUGUCGGUAUUGGCAAGCGAUACAACAUUAACCAAUUGAUCCAUAUCGCGUCUUCAAGACGGCAUGUCUUCACGGCGGGAUUUAGGAAUUUGCCGUCCAUUGUCAGGAUUAUUAAGACAAAGGCAUGCGCAGGUGCUGUCAAACCAAGCAAACCAGGAAAACCUUCCCGUCCAGCGCGUUAUGUACGUGCCAUGGCUUUAUAUCCACUGUCUUAUCGAACAAAGGGAAGAGACAUCGGCGUCUUCUCCAAUCCUCCCGGAGUUCGAGGUCUUGUCAGAUAUGCAACCGGUCCAGACGGGCGACCUAACACCGCCACCCAGUUCUUCGGUAAGCCUAACAGCUUCAUUCAGUUUCCCAACAGAGGCAAGCUUGACACGAAACGAUCUAUCACUCUAUUGGCUUGGAUCUACCAUGAAGGAAGUUCGGGUCCUAUUUUCAACUACAUGCCGAAUGGCUGGGGCGUCCAUCUCUGGAUGACAUCUCCUACGACUCUCUUUGCACGGUUCACGCGUCGUCAAGGACGCCGCUUCACUCCUGACAUUCAAUACCGCGGCAUCGCGCACAGAAGGUGGCAAUACGUAGCUGCGAGUUAUGAUGGCGGGAGCGGCACGGCUAAGCUGUACCUGAAUAGCAGACUGGUUGCGCGAAAGCGCAUUGGAAUAUUUAGAAUGGCAACAAAUUAUCCUGUCAGGAUGGGUGCAAGGGUUGGUGACAGUCGCUUCUUCAAAGGGAGAAUCUCUUGUAUGCAGGUGUACAAUGUGGCGUUGAACUCCAGACAGAUUGCAGCUCGAAGCAGAAGAUGUUUCUUGAAAAGUACUGUAACACCUGGUCGCCCUGUUGUUCCAGGUGGAGUGCCCUUCCGUCCAGGCAAACCAAUGUGCAAAGCUAAGGUUGAUCUUGGUUUCCUUGUUGAUGCCUCUGGAAGUAUUGAAAUGUACGGCCGUGGUAAUUACCAGCGCAUGAAAGACUUCAUCAAAGAAGUGGCGGGAAGCUUCAUUGUCUCCAGGCAUGGAACUCACGUUGGUUUAGUCGUGUUCGCCAGCAGACCUGAGCCAGUGUUCCAGUUUAACACCUACUACACGAGGCGAGGCGUCAUGAAUGCUGUCCAAAAGAUCCCGUAUAUCAACGGAGGAACCCGGACCGGCUUAGCUAUAAGAAGAGCUACUCGGUACCUGUUCAAACAUCACCCCCAACCCGGACGAAAGAAAGUGUUGAUUGUCAUGACAGACGGUAUCUCGUACGAUGAUGUAAUUGUCCCAGCAAGAAGACUUCGUCGCACUGGUGUCUCCAUAUAUGCACUUGGAAUCGGUCUUAAGUACAGUCGACGGCAGCUUGGCAAAAUUGCCGGAACUCCGAGACAUGUGUUUACCUCGAAGUUCGCGACUCUCCGAAAGGCCGCUCGUAAAAUCGUGAGUCGCAUAUGCGCGGAACCAGGAGCCAAACCCAUAAAACCAGUUGGUCCAAAACCUGUUAGACCUCGCCAACCAGUACGUGCUGUGGCUAUUUAUCCACUGAAUGGAGGAGUGAAAGGCCGCGACAUUAGCUUGAGCAAAAAUCCAACCGCCAUCCUAAGUAACGUGAGGCCCGCACCAGGACCUGACCGGACCCGCGAUGGAUCGUACCAGUUCUUUGGUAAAUCCAACAGCUACAUCCAUUUCCCUAAUCGCGGAAAGUUGGAUACCAGACGAUCGAUUACCCUGAUGGCGUGGAUCUACCAUCAGGGACGCGCAGGACCCAUCUUCAACUACAUGCCGAAUGGCUGGGGCGUGCACUUCUGGAUGAUUACACCGAGAACGCUGUUCGUGCGGUUUACACGUCGACGAGGACGCCGCUUUACUAAGGCGGUGAUGAGCAGAAGAGUCGUACCCAAUCGAUGGCAGCUUGUUGCCACGACCUUUGAUGGAAGGUCCGGACAAGCUAGACUGUUUAUUCAAAGGCAGUUUGUGGCCCAAGAGUACGUUGGAAGAAUACGACUGGCAACGAAUUAUCCCGUGAGAAUGGGAGCACGUAUUGGUGAUUCACGGUUCUUCUUUGGACGGAUCUCGUGUAUGCAGGUGUAUCCAAUGGCGCUGACAAGAAGACAAAUACUUGCGCGCAAGACAAGGUGCUUUAGAAAAGUUAUUCGACCUCCUCCAAGGCCAAGACCGAGACCCGGACCCAGGCCCAGGCCCCAACCUCCAAUUCCUGGCCCGACGGGGAAGAUAUGCCGUGCCAAAAUAGACUUGGUCUUCGUAGUUGAUGGCUCUGGGAGCAUAGAAGCAUACGGCAGAGGAAACUUCAAGCGAUGCCUCCGUUUCGUCAAAAAUAUGGUUCGUUCCUUUACCAUAUCAAGAAGCUACGUGAGAGUUGGAAUUGUGGUUUACUCCUCGCGCUCACGAUUAAUACUCACCUUCAACCAAAAUCGCGGAGUUAACAAUGUACUCCGCACUAUCGACAGAAUCAGAUAUCCCAGAAGAGGUACCCGAACAGGUGCAGCGCUCUCAUUUGCUUACUCCCGCCUCUUGGCUGGCGCAAGGAAACGAAGUUCAAAGGUUGUCAUUUGUAUGACUGAUGGUCGUUCACAAGAUGACGUAAGAGGCCCUGCCAACCUGAUGCGCAGGCGUGGUGUGAAGAUAUUUUCGCUUGGUAUUGGCAAACGCUACAACAUGAGACAGUUGCUUCAGAUGUCCGGAAACCGUCGUAAGGUUUUCACAGCUGACUUCAAAAAUCUCGGUUCUGUGGUGCGCGCUAUCAAGCAGAAGGCGUGUAGAGUUUCCAAGCCAACGCGACCGACUAAGCCUGGAAAACCGUCUGCCGUUGGCCGCGCAGGCGCUGUGUAUCCACUAAGCUCGUCCACGGGUGCGAGAGAUAUCAGUACCAAUGGCAAUCCGCCAGGCCGACGCGUCUAUGUCAGGUUUACCCCAGGUCCCGACGGAGUCCGGGGAACAGCGACGUCGUUUUACGGCCGUGCGAACAGCUACAUCGAGUUUCCGAACCGCGGUAGACUGGACACUAGAAGAUCCAUCACAUUGAUAGCCUGGAUCAGACACCUUGGACGCGCGGGUCCGAUCUUCAACUACAUGCCGAACGGCUGGGGCGUGCACUUCUGGAUGGUUAACCCACGGACGCUAUUUGCACGCUUCACGCGUCGAAGAGGCAGGCGCUUCACACCCGCAGUGUCCAGUCGCACAGUUCGUUACCGUGCAUGGAACUAUGUGGGCUGCACGUAUGAUUAUCGCACUGGCAUUGCUAGGCUUUUUGUUGGAAACAGAUUUGUUGCGUCUCGCCCUAUUGGUCGCAUUAGACUUGCAACUAAUUACCCAGUGAGAAUGGGAGCCAGGAUUGGAGACGGGAGAUAUUUCCGAGGUAGUAUUUCCUGUAUGCAGGUGUAUAAGAAGGCGUUGACUGCAGGACAGAUCCUUGCGAGACGAACGAGAUGCUUUAAGAGAGUUCCACGACCGCAGCCUCCACGGCCAAGACCAAGACCUGGCCCUAGACCCAGGCCUCCCAUUCGUCCUUACCCUGGUGGAAAAGUGUGCCGGGCCAGAAUCGACCUCGCCUUUGUCAUAGACGCUUCCGGUAGUGUUGGCCGCGCUAACUUCCGCCGUUGUCUAACCUUCGUCAAAAACAUGGCCCGAGUGUUCACAAUCUCCCGAAGCUACACCCGCUUUGCUGUGGUGCUUUAUUCAUCGCGUCCCUCUAAGAUAUUCGGUUUCAAUCGCUACCUUAAUCAACACUCCCUGCUUCGAGCGAUUGGCCGCAUACGAUACACUGGCGGCGGAACUAAGACGGGUUACGCACUGACUUACACUUAUCAAAGACUCCUACGCUACAGCAAACGAAAGAACAAAGUCGUGGUUGUCAUGACUGAUGGUCGCUCGUAUGAUAAAGUGCAGCCACCAGCCUUGGCUAUCCGUCGUAAAGGGAUAAAGAUACUUACCUUAGGGGUAGGAAAGGGCUACAGCAUGAAGCAACUGAUACAGAUGUCAUCCAACAGACGGGAUGUUUUCACCGCUGAUUUUAAGAACUUGGGAUCUGUUGUGAAGAUAAUCAAAAGAAGAGCUUGUAAAGCUGGUAAACCUCGACCUCCGAGACCACCACGCCCACCAAAACCAGUUGUAAUAAAACGAGCUGUGGCUGUGUACCCACUGAACCGUAACACUCAAGGCAGAGACAUCAGCUUCGCAAGAAAUCCCAACGGUAGACUAGGUAGGGUCAGAUUUGCCAAGGGACCUGAUAACUUGCCGGGCGGUUCGAUUGAAUUCUUUGGCCGUAGCAACAGCUACGUAGAGUUUCCUAACCGAGGAAAACUCGACACUGGUCGUUCUAUAACUCUAUUGGCGUGGAUCUACCAUACUGGUCGAGCAGGACCCAUCUUUAAUUACAUGCCGAACGGAUGGGGCGUACACUUUUGGAUGGUUACACCGUCGACGCUUUUUGCACGGUUUACACGUCGUACAGGAAGGCGUUUCACGCGAGCGAUUUACAGUCGAAGUGUGAAGCCGCGUAAAUGGCAGUUCGUUGGUGCUACCUACAACUACAGAACUGGUGUAGCGCGUUUGUUUGUGAACUCGCGGUUUGUAGUGUCCACUCCUGUAGGACGAAUAAGACUGGCGACUAACUACCCUGUCAGGAUGGGAGCACGUAUUGGAGACAGAAGAUAUUUCAAGGGAAGAGUUUCAUGCAUGCAAGUCUAUAGCCAAGCUUUGAACAGGAAUCAGAUACUUGUUCGUCAAAGAAGGUGUUUCCGAGCAGUGAGACCUCGACCCGGACCGGUGCGGCCGGUAAGACCAACUCGACCUAAAGUUAAAACUCAAGCCGUGGCUAUUUUCCCUCUCAAUGGAGGAACCAAGGGCAGAGACAUCAGUAACCGUGGCAAUUCGCGCGGAAUACUCAGUUAUGUCCGCCCUGCGCCCGGACCGGAUGGAACACGUGACGGCUCUUAUCAGUUCUACGGAAGAAGCAACAGUUAUAUCCAAUUCCCUAACCGAGGAGGCCUAGAUACUAAGAAUUCAAUAUCUCUCCUGGCCUGGAUUUUACAUCAGGGACGCGCAGGACCCAUCUUCAACUACAUGCCUAACGGUUGGGGUGUGCACUUCUGGAUGAUUACACCGAGAACGCUGUUUGUGCGGUUUACGCGCCGCAGAGGACGCCGCUUUACGAGUGCUGUUGUUAGUAGGAGCGUGAUUCCAGGAAGAUGGCAGUUUGUCGGCGCAACGUAUAACGGAAGAACAGGGAAAGCGAAGUUGUUUGUAAACAACAAAUUCACGGCAAGGAAGUACAUCGGACAAAUACGGCUGGCGACUAAUUACCCAGUGAGAAUGGGAGCUCGUAUUGGCGAUGGACGAUAUUUCCGAGGACGAAUCUCCUGUAUGCAAGUUUACAAUGGGGCUUUGUCUCGCUGGAAAAUUAAUUCUAAGAAACGAAGAUGCUUUAGAAGAAAAGUUCGACCUGGGCCCAGACCCCGCCCACGGCCACGACCAGUACCACUUCCAAGACCUAAGCCCAGACCCAGGCCAAAACCCGGAAAAGUUUGUAUUGCGAAAUUGGAUCUCGCCUUCCUCAUCGACGGCUCAGGUAGCGUUGGCUUUUCAAACUUCCGCCGUUGCCUGGUAUUCAUCCAGAACGUUAUUCGAGGAUUCAGGAUCUCUCAGCGAUACACACGCAUUGCUGCUGAAGUUUACUCUUCAACUCCACGCAGAACAUUCCAAUUUACCCGAUACAGUAAUGCUUACCAAGUCCUCAGGGCCGUUGGAUCCAUAAAGUACCCGCGUGGUGGAACAAACACCGGGAAGGCUCUUUGGGACGUGCUUAGAUACGUGUUCCGCGGUAGGACCAACCGGAAAAGGGUCCUUUGUGUAUUGACCGACGGACGUUCUCAAGACCAUGUGUUGAAACCCGCCCAAGCGCUGAAGCGAGCGAAUGUUGAAGUUUUCUCGGUCGGUGUCGGCAGAGGAUACAGUAUUACUCAGCUAAACCAAAUGGCAACAGACCGCAACCACGUGUUCACAGUUGAUUUCAGAAACCUCAACUCAAUCAUUAAGGCCAUUAAAAAGAAGGCUUGUAAAGGAGGACAGAAACCACCAUCGCCUCACAGACCCUCAGGAACCCUGCGGGCGGUUGCUGUAUACCCAUUGAACUCCCUCACCAAGUCACGCGACAUCAGCUUCAACAGGAAUCCGCCGGGUAUCAUGUCAAAUGUUCGACCAGCCCCAGGUCCCGACGGACGACGUGGAACAAGCUAUGAGUUCUUAGGGCGACGCAACAGCUUUAUCCAGUUCCCUAACUUCGGAAAAAUAGACACCAAAAAAUCCAUAACUAUUUUAGCUUGGGUAUACCACCAGGGUCGGGCAGGACCCAUAUUCAACUAUCACCCCAGCGCGUGGGGUGUACACUUCUGGAUGGUUGGACCACGCGCUCUGUUCGUUAGAUUCACGAAGAGGAGGACUAAAGACUUCACAGCUGCUUUAAUGAGCCGAACCGUUAAGCCAAGCCACUGGCAAUACGUGGGUGCCUCCUAUGAUCACUCAAAUGGAAUGGCCAAGUUGUUCGUCGGUGGAAGACUGGUUUCAAGGAAACGAAUUGGAAGAAUACGAUUGGCUACGAAUUAUCCUGCGAGAAUGGGGGUGAGGAUUGGCGAUGGAAGGUAUUUCCGUGGACGUAUUUCGUGUCUCCAGGUUUACAGUGCCCCCUUAAAUGCCAGACAAAUAGCUGCACGCGCAAAGAGAUGUUUUGUUCCAGGACUUCCCAAACCACGACCGCCACCACGCCCAACUGGACAGCUGUUUAAACGAAGAGGUUGCUAUAAAGACAGAUCUCGCAGAGCCAUGGGUAUACUACUCGGCAACCUACGACGAAGGCGAGAUGCAGUCAUGCGUUGCUUCCUAUUGGCGUCCAGGCGGGGAUAUCGAGCAUUCGGUGUCCAGGAUGGCGGAGAAUGCUUCUCUGGCCCUCAGGCGCACCGCACGUUCAGCAAAUAUGGCCGAUCGGGUAGAUGUAAAAAUGGAAGAGGAGGACCAUGGGCGAAUGAUGUGUAUAUAAUUACUAUAGGACCUAUUCCGCGACCUCUUCCUCGGCCCAGACCUCAACCGCGCCCUGCUCUACCAGUUUGCAAAGCCCGUUUAGACUUGGGCUUCAUUGUAGAUGGUUCCGGAAGUGUUGGUCGUGCGAAUUUCAUUAGAUGUCUGAACUUCAUCAAGAAUUUAGUCAGCUCGUUUGUAAUCUCUCCCGGCCAUUCUAGAGUGGGACUUCUAAUAUACUCUCACCGCGUCAUUCCAGUAUUCUCUUUCGGUCAACGCCCACGUUUGCGUGGGGUCCUACGGGCAAUUAGUAGAAUCAGGUAUCCUGGAGGGGGUACUAAGACCGGUAAGGCUCUGUCUUACUCUAGGAGGUACCUGUUCGCCCGAAGUAGCCUCCGUAAGAUUUUAAUACUGAUGACAGAUGGCAAGUCGUACGAUAGAGUCAAGAAACCUGCAGCAGUGCUACGUAACAUGGGAGUGCAGGUGUUUGCUCUGGGUGUCGGAAAACGAUACAGCAUGAAACAACUUUUGCAGAUUGCAAGCAAUCGACGGCAUGUCUUUACAGCAGACUUUAGGAACUUGGGAUCGUUUGUGAGGGCCAUCAAACAGAAAGCUUGUCGAGGUAUUACCAAGAAACCGAAAAAACCACACGCCAUGUCCGCUGUCGCCAUGUUCCCGUUCAGUAAAACAUACAGAGGAAGAGAACUUCGCAACAGGAACCCACCAGGUUACCCGUCUCACGUCCUAUUCACCCCCGGUCCCGAUGGAUUACCAUACGGUUCUUAUUACUUCCUUGGUCGACCAAACAGCUACGUGGAGAUUCCUAACAAAGGAACACUGGAUGUUCGUAACUGCAUCACCAUCUUGGCCUGGAUUUAUCACGAAGGAAACGCAGGACCGAUUGUGAACUAUAAGCGCAAUGGAUGGGGCGUCCAUUUCUGGAUGGUCAACCCCAGAACGCUGUUUGUGCGUUAUACGCAGCGUCUUGGACGGCGCUUCACGCACGCUUUGGCGUACCGCGGUGUAAAACCGCGAACAUGGCAGUUCGUUGGAACUUCGUACAAUCGAAACACAGGCGUUGCUAAAUUGUAUAUUAACGGCAAGACGGUUUCGCGCCGAAAGAUCAGAAAGAUUUCAUUGGCUACCAAUUACGAGAUCAGAGUUGGAGCUCGUCAGGGUGACCGUCGCUAUUUCCGAGGUCGAAUUGCUUGCCUACAAUUUUAUAGCGCUGCGUUGACGACUAACAUGAUCCGUCGGCGAAUGAGGGCUUGCUUUAGAAGAGGCCCCAUGCCUGUUCCGAUUCCGAAACCGAGACCCGGAGGACGAGUUUGCAAAACAAAACUUGAUCUUGGUUUCGUCAUUGAUGGCUCCGGAAGCGUAGGACCCUCGAACUUCAGACGCUGCCUCCAAUUUAUCCAGAACAUGAUUCGUACUUUUGUCAUAUCACGUGGCUACACGCGCGUUGGAGCGGUCCUCUACAACACAAGAGCGUACAAAUUAUUUGGCUUUAAUCGAUUCGGAAACAAAAACCAACUUCUCAGCGCUGUAAGUCGCAUACGGUAUCCGAGGGGAGGAACGAAGACUGGUCGGGCAUUAAGCUACGCAUACCACUAUCUGUUUCGUCGAAGUAGGAGGCGGAAGAUGUGUAUUGUCAUGACAGACGGACACUCUUACGACAGCGUAGUUGGUCCCGCACGGACCUUGCGUAAGGGAGGAGUGGAAAUCAUCUCGCUUGGCUUGGGGUUACGCUACAACAUCCGGCAGUUACGACAGAUGGCAUCCAAUCACAGACUGGUGUUUACAGCACGGUUUAGAAAUCUGAAUUCGGUUGUCAGAGUGAUCAAGAGGAAAGCUUGUGGUGCAACAGGUGUGAAACCAAAACCACACCCUCGCCCCAAGCCUCCCGGUCCUAAUCAAGUCACGUACUUCUGGGAAGGAUGUUAUAAUGACAGACGAAGACGAGCCAUUAGAUACAGACUUGGAAACUUCCACCGAGCCAAAGACCCUGUCAUAGCAUGUGCACAAGCAGCUGCUAAGCGUCGAUUUAAGGUGUUUGCGGUGGAGAACGGUGGAGAGUGCUACUCAGGCCGUUUGGCACACAGUACGUACAAUCGUUAUGGACCUUCUAAUCGAUGUAGACGAGGCAGAGGAGGACCAUGGGCAAUGGAUGUAUACAAGUUUGGAAGACCAAAGGGUUGGACCAAUGUCCAUAUCCGAAGUAUCGGUUGCUUCAAAGACAAACCCAGACGGGCCGUGGGAAACAUGGUAGCUAACCUGCAGGGCUUGAAGUUUGUCGUCAGAGACUGCGCGCGCCAGGCGCGAAAACGGGGUUACAGGUUAUUUGCAGUUCAAAAUGGAGGUGAAUGUUGGAUGGGUCCCAGGGCUAAGCUCACCUACAAGAAGUAUGGUACUUCUAAGCGGUGUCGAGGAGGAAAAGGAGGCCCGUGGGCUAAUAAUGUUUAUGUCAUAAUUGUCAAAGGUCGACCACCUUUGCCUCGUCCCAGGCCACGCCCCAGACCACGACCCAGGCCAUAUCCGAGACCAAGACCCGUUCCCAGACCAACCGGUCGAGUUUGCCGAGCACGUCUUGAUUUGGCUUUCUUGAUUGACGGCUCCGGCAGCAUUGAAAACUCCGGCAAAGGCAACUUCCGUCGCUGUCUACAUUUUGUGAAGAGGAUUAUCGCUUCGUUCGCAGUGUCGCGAUCUAACACGCGCGUGGGAGUUGCUCUCUUCUCCACUCGAACAUGGCUGAUUUUCGGCUUCAACCGCUACGCUAACAGGCGGCAGGUCUACCGAGCGAUUGAUGGUAUCAGAUAUCCAUCUGGAGGAACUAGGAUAGGAAAGGCCCUGAGAUUUAUGUAUCGCAGAUUGUUCCGAACUAGUAGACGUCGAAAGGCUCUUAUUGUGCUGACAGACGGCCUGUCACAAGACUCUGUCAGGCAGCCUUCACUUGGUCUCCAAAGGUCUGGUGUUAGCACAUUCGUUGUCGCAAUUGGACGAAAAACAAGCCGAAGGCAAUUGCAUCAAAUUGCCUCAAGUUCACGUAACAUUUUCAGGAGCAGCUUCAGAAGACUUAGUAAUGUUGUAAGAAGCUUAGCGAGAAGAGUGUGCUCAAACCGAGUGAGACCCAAGCCAAAACCAGUGAGACCGGUUAGACCACCCAGACCAAAAGUUACAACCAGAGCCGUCGCCAUAUUCCCACUUAACGGAGGUAGCAGGGGUAAAGAUAUCAGUACCCGCCGAAAUGCACGUGGAAUACUCAGUUAUGUUCGCCCCGCGCCUGGACCGGAUGGAACUCGUGACGGUUCCUACCAGUUCUAUGGAAGAAGCAACAGUUACAUCCAGUUCCCUAACCGAGGAGGCCUUGAUACCAAGAAUUCAAUCACUUUCCUUGUGUGGAUUUAUCACCAGGGCCGCGCAGGACCCAUCUUCAAUUACAUGCCCAAUGGUUGGGGUGUGCACUUUUGGAUGAUUUCACCAAGAACGCUGUUUGUGCGGUUUACGCGUCGCAGAGGACGUCGCUUCACGAAGGCGGUUCUAAGUAGGUCAGUCGUACCGAAUCGUUGGCAGUUUGUUGGCGCAACGUAUGAUCAACGAACAGGAAUAGCGAAACUAUUUGUAAAUAGAAGAUUCACAGCACAGAAGUACAUUGGGAAAAUACGUUUGGCGACCAAUUACCCAGUGAGAAUGGGAGCUCGUAUUGGUGAUGGACGAUAUUUCCGAGGACGAAUCUCCUGUAUGCAGGUUUACAAUGGUGCUUUGUCACACUGGAAAAUCAUCUCAAAGAAACGAAGGUGCUUUAGAAGAACUCCAGUAAGACCAAAACCCAAGCCACCUGGCCGAGGGUGCAACAAACGCCUCGACUUAGCGUUCUUGAUUGACGGAUCUGGAAGUAUUAAUUCUGCCGGACGCGGGAACUUUAGGCGAUGCAUUGAAUUUGUCAAGAGUGUGGUGUCUUCAUUUAAUGUGUCGCCUCGCCACACCCGUGUGGGAGCGGUCUUAUUCUCUUCCCGCGCAUGGCUAAUAUUGGACUUCUACCGUAGCAGAAGCAAAGCUGGUGUGUUGAGCACCAUUAGUCGAAUCAGAUAUCCGCGCGGAGGAACCAGGAUUGGAAAAGCUUUGAACUUCGUGCUAUAUCGAUUGUUUAGAAGAAGUCGAAGGGCACUCAAGGCCCUGGUAGUAAUGACCGAUGGCAUCUCUCAAGACUCUGUUCGGAGGCCGUCACUGGCUCUGAGAAGCCAGGGUGUAUGGGUUUACGCCCUGGGAAUCGGUCGGCGGUAUCGAAGACGAGAGCUUCAACAGAUAGCUACAAACAGUCGAUAUGUGUUCAGUGCUAACUUCAGAAGCCUCAGUCGGGUCGCUCGUCGCAUCUCAGCAAAAUUAUGCCGGGGUCGUCCACUCCGUCCCAGGCCACACCUUCCAGGUCCCCAAAUAAGACCAAGCGGCAAAGUGUGUCGUAAACGUCUUGAUCUCGUCUUCCUCAUCGAUGGCUCUGGUAGCAUUGAAGCUAACGGUCGAGGAAACUUCCAGCGAUGUCUCAACUUCAUUAAACGGUUGGUGGCUUCGUUUGCCAUCUCACCAAGGCAAACUCGUGUUGGUAUCGUGCUGUUCUCUUCCCGUCCAUGGCUGAUUGCAAACUUUAGGAGCUACAGGACAAAACAAAGUGUGUUACACGCCGUUAGUCGUAUAAGAUAUCCGAGAGGUGGCACGAGAAUUGGUCGAGCCCUGAGAUUUGUCAAAAAUCGGCUAUUUGGAGGGAGAACAUACGGGCGGAAGGUUUUGGUUACAAUGACCGACGGUAUUUCACAAGAUUCCGUCGUGAGUCCAGCACGGGACCUCCGAAAUGCGGGAGUGAGAAUCCUUGCGCUAGGAAUUGGCCGGAAAUUCAGAAGAUCACAGCUAAACCAGAUGACAAUGAACUCACGAUAUGUGUUCAACAGUGGCUUCCGAAGUCUGCACCGUGUAGUAUCCUCUAUAAAGAGAGCAGUGUGCAAAGGGCGUCCAGUACGUCCCAGACCAGUACGGCCAAGACCCCCCGUGCGCCCUAGCGGUCAAGUUUGUCGCAGACGUCUUGACCUUGCCUUCCUUAUUGACGGCUCUGGUAGCAUUGAGGCUUACGGUCGAGGUAACUUUCAGCGAUGUCUCAACUUCGUCAAACAAGUAGUGGCCUCAUUCGGCAUCUCUCCGUCCCAAACUCGUGUUGGUAUCGUACUGUUCUCCAGCCGUGCAUGGCUCAUCGCAAACUUUAGAAGCUACAGAAGCAAACAGAGUGUGUUACACGCCGUAAGUCGUAUAAGAUACCCGAGAGGUGGCACGAGAAUUGGACGAGCGCUGAGAUUUGCCAAAUAUCAGUUGUUUAGAAAGAGGACGAGUCGGCGUAAGGUCCUUAUUUGUAUGACGGAUGGCAUUUCACAUGACUCGGUGGUGAGACCGUCACGUGACCUUCGAAAUGCCGGCGUGCGUAUUUUGGCGCUUGGUAUUGGUCGAAAGUUCAGGAGAUCACAACUUUACCAAAUGGCAGGGAACUCACGAUACGUGUUCAAAGCCGGAUUCAGAAGCCUUAGUGGUGUAGUGAGAUCCAUUAAAAGAGCUGCUUGUGGAGGAUCCACAACACGACCCAGACCUGUGCGGCCAAGACCACCCGUACACCCAAGUGGUCAAGUUUGUCGCAGGCGUCUUGACCUUGCCUUCUUGAUUGACGGCUCCGGUAGUAUCGAGGCUUAUGGUCGAGGAAACUUCAGGCGAUGUCUCAACUUCGUCAAAAGAGUCGUGGCCUCGUUCGGCAUCUCUCCAUCCCAAACUCGUGUUGGUAUCGUACUGUUUUCUAGUCGUGCGAGGCUGAUCGCAAACUUUAGAAGCUACAGAAACAAACAGAGCGUGUUGCACGCCAUUGGUCGUAUAAGAUACCCGAGAGGUGGCACGAGAAUUGGACGAGCGCUGAGAUUUGCCAAAUAUCAAUUGUUUAGAAAGAGGACUAGUCGGCGCAAGGUCCUCAUUUGUAUGACUGAUGGCAUUUCACAUGACUCGGUGGUGAGACCGUCACGUGACCUUCGAAAUGCCGGCGUGCGUAUUUUGGCGCUUGGUAUUGGUCGAAAGUUCAGGAGAUCACAACUUUACCAAAUGGCAGGGAACUCACGAUACGUGUUCAAAGCCGGAUUCAGAAGCCUUAGUGGUGUAGUGAGAUCCAUUAAAAGAGCUGCUUGUGGAGUGAAAAGAGGAAAGAAGAAAAGAAACUUAAUAAUUGUCAGACCUGAUGAGGACAAGAGAAAUAGCCAAGCAAUAAGGGAACAAGAGCAAGUGAGAGGAACACAACGAAGUGAAAUUUCUAGAGUCAAGAAUCAAGAUAAUCAAACAGAUCUGACCCCCAGCUGCUUGUGGCACUUUGUGUCACCCUUAAACAACUCAGAAGCAUUGGAUAAAAUCCACAAUCGUGUUAUCCACCUCGACGGCGGAGCCUUCAUGAAAAACACAACUGACGCGGGCUUAGUCGCUGACACUAAUGGUGGAUGGUUGUCUCUUAAAGAAACCAAUGCUACCUGCUUCAGUGAUCCUGGACAUUGCUCUGAUAAAGGAAUGACGGUGAUGGCCUGGAUCAAACUCAACAAGACUUCACUGAGUAACACGACCAGUUCCUACAUCAUGUCUAGUGGUGGCCAGUCCACCAAGUCGCGCGGUUUUGCAGUGUUAUAUCUUGCCAACAAAUAUAUUGUUAUUCUCAGCACGAAAAACAAGCAGUGGAAACUCGACACACCUGUUCUGCCGAGCGGAUGGUUCAACCUCGCUUUCACUUGGCGGGAGGCGGGUCAACUCAAGCUGUAUGUCAAUGGUACCCACGUGACCAGUGGAAACCCUGCUCUAGUUUCCAGACCUCUAGACUCGUUCACAACCUUUGAUAUUGGUCGACCAAACAACUCGGAAAAACCAAUUUACAGAUUCCCAUUAAGAAUCAGCAACUUGGCACUUUGGGAGAGAGAACUGUCACUAGAAGACUUGAAAUCAGCAAUGAGUGCGCCAAAAAGCCAAAACAGUCGACCACAAAACAAGAAGACCUAGAUAGAAAUUCAUCGUAGCAUUUAUUUUAGAAGGAUCACAACGUCUCCGUAGCGGAAGCUCAUUUCCUAGAUUCAAUGAUAUUUGUUGAAUUUCCAUGUUUUUAUUUGAUGUUUCUCGUCUGCUAUAUGCUAAUAAAUAUAAUUAUAAACCUUA